AUGAAUCCUCAGCAGCGGAUUGCCGCUCUCGGAACAGACAAGGAAUUAAGUGACCUGCUGGAUUUUAGUGCGGUAGGUAGGAUUUGUAUUUGCCUCCUUUCAUUCAUGUAAAGAAAUCUUGCGGGGCUGUGGUUGUCAUGACCACACGCACAAAAGCACUUCUCAUCGCUAAGUUCAUACAAGUGUCCAUAAGGGGAGAUGAUUAGCUUUAUUACCUGCUACAUGCAUUUUAAAUGUUAGUAGUGACAUAUACAUAUUAUCUACAAUUACCUGCACUUUAUAUCUGUAAACCGACUUAAAACCUUUCAAACCUCAUUUGCACUACUGUAAAUACAUCCAAUAUUGCACUGAAUCUGAAUCUGAAUCUGAACUAUUGCAUAAUUUAUCUGUCAUAUGCUUAUAUUUAUAGUCUGUUUAUACCCUUCAUUUUUAUAACCAUAUGUAUAAAUUGUUCAUAGCCUGUACAUACUUAUAGUUAUAGCAUAUUCAUAUCAAUCAAUCAGUCUUUAUUUAUAUAGCACUUUUCAUACAUAACAUGUAUCACAAAGUGCUUUACACAGAAAAAGGAAUAAAAGAAACAAAGAAUACCCAAACCCAACCCCUCAUUCCCACCCCAUGAUCUAAAUGCAACAGAAACAGUAUUAAAAUGCAUAAAUUUAAAAAGGGCUUGAUUUCAUGGAAACAGGAAUGUGUGCACUGAGGAAACGUCAUUUUAAAACUCAAGAUAAGGAAACACGGGAGGUUUAGGUUAAAAUCUAAAAAAAAAGAAAAAGAGAAUGAAAUUUAAGAAAUAAUAAAUAAAAUGAAAUAAAAACAACAGUAAAAGACGCUAAAAUAAGAGCACCAAAAUAGCUCAAUAAAAGAUGAUCUUGUGAUAAAACUAGAAUAGAUAAAUGCUAAAACACUUAAACAGAGCUAAUGAUAUCAAAUUUAGUUAAAAGCAAGACUAAAAUGGUUCGUUUUCAGUUUGCUUUUAAAAUCAUUAAGAUCAUAGCAAUAUUAUAUACCCGUGAUAUACUCAUGUAAAUAUCUCCUUCAUAACCUGUACAUUUGUAAAUAUAUUUAUACUUGCUUAGCAUUUCUGGAUGGAUGCAAACUGCAUUUCGUUGCUCUGCACUUGUGACAUGUGCAAUGACAAUGAAGUUGAAUUCUAUUCCAUUCUAUUCUAUUCUAAAUUUCAGGUCACCUGCCACUGCGAUUGAUGAAUUUUUUGUUUCGUUGAUUUAUGCAAAUCUUAAGUUUAGAGUUCUAAUAUUAUUUUUUAUAGUCUUCAGAAGAUGCAACCAAGCAAAUGACGUAAUCAGAAAAACUCAGUGAUGGAAACAAGGAAAGAGGUCGAUCUCAGAGGCAGCUGUUGAUUGAUUUUAAGACCUAUCCCUAAAUUUGGGACUCAUGUUGGAUAAUCUGAAUGGUUGCUCUCACUCUUGUUUCUCUAAUAUAUGACCACGUUCUUCUCUUCAGAUGUUUUCUCCACCUGUAAAUGGAGGGAAGAACAGGCCCACUACACUUGGAAGCAGUCAGUUCAGUACAUCAGGUAGGACCUAAUUUCAACAAACCUUGGGACAUAGUCUCAGUUUUCAGUCUUGUGUAUGGCCCCAACCCCUUGACUGAGAUGUUGAAAUCUGGUACUUGGAACAAGAGUUCUCCACCUGGAAUUAUACUCAAGAGUUGUUGCUGCAAACAUGUGGAACAAAGGGAGGUUUGAUGGUGUAAUAUCAAUGGAUAGUAACAAUGUAAAUGUCCUCCAGUUCUGUACUGAGGUACGUUUUUUGAGUAUCUAUACUUGAGUAUUAUUUGUAAUACUGGCUUUACAUGGCUUUUACUGUGUUACAUUAGAAAUACAAAUAUUGUAUGUCCGUUUCCACCACAUUUCUAUUAAUUUUCUCGUAACUGUCUUCUUUUGCUCAAGAGUCAGCUGAGGAGUUUUCAGUGCUUUCCAAAAAUCCAAUCCAAUAGAUAAUAAACAGCAUUUGUGUAGUUUUGCACGUGGUUUGUCUCGAGCGUUGCUGUACUUUUACAUUGCAUGACUUUAUUGUUGAAUGUAGAGCAAAAGCAGAGAAAACAUCUCUAAGGUUAGGCAGUACCUUUAGAGAUCGUCACAAUGACUGUAAUGGCUGAAGCGGUAACUGCAAAGAAGAAUUACUGCGAUAUCAUUAAAACAAAGGGCUGUGCAUGGUAGGUCAAUUCCACAACCACACGACGUCACUCCUCCAAAAGUUAUGCUCGGACCUUGAACAGAUAUUUACACAGGAAUAUUGGAACUUAAACGGCCGUAACACCAAAUCUGAUUGAGGUUAUGGAGUUGUUUUCCAUGGUGAAGAAACUGACAAUUGAGUCAGUGCUUCAAAACUUUGACAAAAAAAAAAAUGUUAACAUAAAAAACAGUUGAGCAUUCCACCUGGCUCAUGCUGCGACAGAUAUGAUCCCCACAAUCCAAGAAAAAGUAUUUAUCCAAACGCAUCAUAACCAAAAGAUUCAUGGAUUACUUCAAAACGUAAAAGGCCUUACGCUCUUGCUCAAGUUGUCUGCUGUCCAUCCUUACAUGUCAGCACAAAUUCAGUCUCCUUACCUGCUCUUUUUUAGCUGAUGUCCUUUGAGAUUCUGUCUGCUGCCACAGUGCUGCCCUCCUGUUUGAGGUCAAAUAACGCAAAGAUGAUAAUGUUGAGAAAAACUGAAACAGAGGUCAAAGAUUUUGAUAAUCAUUCAUCAAAUGAAGGUCCAUGUCAGUGGUUUCGAAAACAAAACCUGUUAACUUUAAACAGAUAAAUGAACCUGUUAAGUAAUCCUGCAGACCCUGCAGAGAGAAUCCCCUCGCUACAAUAGUCCUAAUGACUGUGUGGAUUCUUCACCUGAGCAUCCAUGGCCAUAUCUCAUACCCAUUUUGAGGAGUUUGAAAUGAAGGAUGAUUGCUGUGUAAAAUCUUGACUCUGUUUAUUGUGCACAGCCUACAAAAAGUCUCUGACCUACCUGAGAAAGUCUGUCGAGGUAUGUGGAUAAAUAUUUGCAUGAGCCCCGCUGAACAUUUGAAACAAAGUUGUCUUGCUUGUCAUAACCUUGCUGUGAUUAGUUCUUGAGAUAUCUGGAUACUAAAGCGACGAAGAAGAGGAACAGUAUGUUUUCUGUGUGGAGAGGAUCUUGUUUAUGCUGCAGGUGAGGGCAUCCCUAUCCACAGUUGUGUCCAAAAAAUAAGCUGGUUGCUGGAUGCACAUUCAACCUGUGCAGGGAUCAUCCAUGUGAGACAGCCGUCUCUGUUUGUUUCUGUGGACAGAGACACUCCAGACUGCAGUUAAUUUUGUACAACGGUAGAUCUCAUGGAUAUACAGAGCAACACCAGACUCCAUGAUCGAUCCAGUGAUGCGUUUUUGUUUGUCGGUCUAUUGUGUUCUCCUUUUUUCCAGCACUGCAGUAGUGAAUGAAGGUGUUUUUAAUUAGUAAUUUAAUAAAUAUGUUUUGGUCAGAACAUGCACAAGUAUUGGAGAAGGAUACAUAUUAAUUGUUUCUGUCUUUUGCUGCAUUGGUUUAUUGAUAAUUCGUCAGAAAGUAGAAGUGAAGUGAUAUUUAUUUCAAGAUGAUGACUAACUUAAAUAUUUCAAUAUGGACCUUCAUUGUUUUGCAUUUGGUGACUUUUGUUUGAAUAAAAGACUAAAAUUCCAGUCAUUCGUUUCAUCCUUGAAAUUUUCUGAAAAGUAGAGUUAGAAUCUCAUGAACUCAAGUCUUUUUCUGUGAGCUGAGUGUCUUUGCUUUGACUGCAGUAAUGAAGUUGUGUACUUUUCCCAUUACUACAAAGACAGAGGAAUUCACAUGAAACUUAGUGAGCCUCUGAUUUACACGCACAUGUAAUUGUGAUUUUAAGAAAUCACUUUAUUUUUGGUUUGUCUUUGAGCACCUGAACAGAUUUGGUUGUACUACCAAGAGUUCAGAUUCCCUGCUUCUGGAUCGCUUCCUAGUUAUAAAUACCGCAGGACAUUAAUCUGAAGCCCAUCUAUUGUCUGAUGUGGUACUAGAGAAAGCCAACAAUCAGGCUUUCUGUUUUCUGAAAGCUUGUUUUGUUUGCAUCCACAAAACCUUGUUGUCGUCAGUUAUCUGUGAGACGAAAGACACACACUUAUUGGAAAGUGAACAAAAAGACAAAGAAAGACGAACAGAGCUGUCACUCAUGAACUGUGAGUUAAACAAUACCUAAUCAUUCAAGUGAACAGGAUGUUGUCUGUGUGUGUGUGUGUGUGUGUGUGUGUGUGUGUGUGUGUGUGUGUGUGUGUACUCUUUCUUAUGUCAAACUGAUGUUGGGGUCCACGUUAACUUUCCUGGUGUACUGAAUCGACUCCUCUUUAAAGCAGUGUGAAGGUUCAGCUUUCUUACAUCAGAAAGUCAAGUGUACUUAUGAGGCGGUCAGUCAUUAUGUGUUUUUUCUAAUUUUGGAUCUUAAAUUAAGAUUAGUUGCUGUUUCCUGUCAAAUCACAUCAAUGUAAGCGAGAGAGACAACUCUUAAUGACUGUUGCUAAUGCUCAGUGUCAUGCAGUCUUUAGCUUUGUGUCGAAGAUGCAUCACACUGUCUUAAUGUGAGCUGUUUUAUGUACAUCUUAAAAUUAUUACUCAUAAAAUAAUAGUUAGCUUGGUAUACUUCCUCUGCAUCAUCCAUGAAAAUUGAGAGGAAAUGUUUUAUUUUGUUGUAACAUUAUUUGAAGGAGAAGUUGCCCACUCUUACCAUUAUAAGCAGCUUAUGUCAAAUGUUGGUGUUUGUGAAAGGAUGUUUUCUGUUCUGUUCUAUUUUACUUCAAAAUUGAUCCAAAUGAAUAUAAUGUGAAUGCCUUACAGGGACUGAAUAUAUGAUGUUAUUUCAAUGGAACAAGAAUCUCUGUAGUUGAUGUAUACUUGGACAAAUACUGGAUUAUUUAUGCCAAUAGUUGUUUAUUUGAGAGUUUGGAAAUCUGAAUGAUUUAUAUUUUUAUAGUAAUUUAUUUAUUGGAACAGAUUCUUGAUUUUGAUACCCAAGGUUUAGUUUCUGAAAUAUUGAAACGUAAGCUUGUCUUAUGUCGCAACGUCUCCCUCAUUGACAAACACCAGUACCUUCAUGUAUGUGUGAAACUAAUACUAGCUGUAAUAACAACAUGUCUGAGUUACCAGUCUAACCUGCAGUAAACUGAUAUCAUCUGAUGCAUCAACUAAACUAAUUUUUCGGUCCGUCUCUCUCUCACAUUGGUUUAUAUUUAGUGUGCUCUAGCGAGCAUGAAUGUAAAUGAGACUAAAUCAUGCAAAAAGUACGAAAAGUUGAUUUGAAAAUGAACUGCAGCACCUCAGAGUGUAUAAGGCCUAUAGAGGGUAAAUCCCUCCUUCUGCCUGCCUGCAGUAUGUGCUCCUGUGUCUCUGAUCCUCAAGGUAGGGGAAGCAGUGCCAUAAGUGAUUGAGAACAUAAGGCAAGUGAGUGUGCAGACAGAAGUGUGGAAAUUGCAGGGAAUGAGAGUUUGGAUUAUUGCAUCUCAGCUGGGCAUAGACAGAUAAUUGAGGCAGAGUGGGACUGGCGAGACCCUUCAAAAGUGUGCCAGAAAAAGAUGGAUUGGAAAAAAUAGCCAAAGUGGCUCCGGCAGACACUCAUCAUUCCUCCCUCCAGCUGUGUUGAUGAUGCAAAUGUGAUGAGGAUAUUGACUCUUUAGUGUAGCAGGCCAGUGGAUGGCUGCUGUUGAAAGGGUAAUUUUCAUUUAGUGCUAUGUAGUGGUUUAUUUGUGAGCUGUGACCAGCACCUUGUUUAGGUUGGCUUGUCAGUCACUAGAUGCGUAAUCAAAUGUUGGAGCUCAGUUUGGUCACAGCAGAGGGUCUGGCUUCAGUCCUGAGUGAGUUCAGAUGAAAAAAACAACUAAGAUCUUUUAAAACUUAAAAAGGGUUUGUCAUUUAGCUCACACUCUAGUCACAUGGAACCUGAUCUUUGUAUUUAGACAACACCAGAUCUGGAUUUUUGUGGUGACACUUUGCUAUGAACAGUCAUGUGACAUUGUGACAUAACAUUUAUCAGUUUAGUGUUGAUGACGACAGAUGAGGUUAAAAUUAACUCUUGACUUACCAAAAUAUUCAUCACUCUGCACCACUGCAUGCUGCUCAGUAAAUGAAUGCAGGCCAGUAAACUGCCAGUGAACAUUUUUAAUAUGUUUGAGAACAAAGAAUGUAUUAAAAAUGUUAUAUGGCUGCCCCCCUUCAAAGAUAACACUCUUAAUUUCUAAUUAAGUAUGGUAUGGUGUUGUUAAACUAAUGAAUGAUUAAUAAAACCAAUAUAUGUACAACCAUGAUUAUUACAAGACCACCAAAUCCUCUAACUGCUGAAUCCUGAAUAGAGUAGUUGAUUGUACUGUGCCUAUCUUUUGUGAAACACUCACACAGUUGUGAUCGGACAGUUUAAAGACAGAGUUGUACUUAAUGACUGCUGUGGGUACUGGAGAUGUAAUGUAUCUGCAUGUUUUUCCUGGUAAAAUCUCAGUUGUCUUUUAAAGUUAUUUUAUGUAAUGAUUUUUUAUGCAAAGUAUAACAAAGUGUGCCGGCAGUUGACUGAAUCAAACAUUGACCUUUAAGUGUGUUGACCAUCAUGAGAGAUUAUACCAAUCAUGUCACACUUAAUGUAAUCAUUAACUAGAAUAAUACAGGCUUAGCAGAUGAAAGAAUUCUUCUUAACUUACUCAAAUAUUUAUUUGGAUCAUACUGAAGAGUCAUUUUAAAGAAGAAGACACAUCAUUUCUUAUUGACUCUGUGUCCGUUUUGUGGUUUAUAUUCUGUGUUUUUGGUGAAGUAAUGUGUUUGGUUAUAAAUUCUCUUUCUUCAGCUCUUCUGGAAAUAAUUAUGUCAAAUAGAGUCAAAAGGCUCUGAGUUAGUCAAAAAGCAGGACUCUGUUUUGUUUACAUUACCAUUACGUUAUUUGAACUUGCCAGACUGUAAAUGCUGUACAUGAUGUUCUUUUGGAGGCACGUCCUAGACCACUCACACUUUAAAAGUCAUAACACUUCAUGUGUUUUCAGGUUUUCACUUAAAUAACUUUCUAAGGAUUGUUUUAGUCAUGGUUUUCAAGCUUAGCUUAUUGUCCAUCCAUUCAUCUAUCUUCAGCUCCUUGUUUGGGGUCGGGUCACGGGGGCAGCAGCCUGAGCAGAGAAGCUCAGACUUCCCUCUCCCCAGCCACUUAGUCCAGCCUUUCCCAGGGGACCCUGAGGCGUUCCCAGGCCAGCUAAGAGACAUAGUCUCUCCAGUUAGUCCUGGGUCUUCCCCGCGGUCUCCUACCGGUGGGAUGUGCCCUGAACACAGAGGAAGGCAUCCUCAUUAGAUGCCCAAGCCACCUCAUCUGACUCCUCUCAACGCAGAGGAGCAGUGGCUCUACUCCGAACCCCUCUUUAAUGACUGCGCUUCUCACCCUAUCUCUAAGGGAGAGCCCAGCCACCCUGCCGAGGAAACUCAUUUCAGCUGCUUGUACUCGUGCUCUUGUUCUUUUGGUCACUACCCACAGCUCGUGACCAUAGGUGAGGGUAGGAUCAUAGAUCGACCGAUUUAUCGAGAACUUUGCCUUUUGGCUCAGCUCCCUCUUCACCAAACAUAUCUGUGCAGCGUCAACAUCACUGCUGACCCAGCAGUGAUCCACCUGUCAAUCUCCUGCUAUCUUGAAGACUCCAAAAUCAAUCUCAAAUCUCCAACAUCACGCAACUGGACUGUGUAGACAGUCCAAUUGCCUGAUUUUGGAGUCUUCAAGAUAACCAUGACCUGGAUGAAUGAGAAUCUACAUGGACAUCUCCUGCUCCAUUCUUCCGUCACUCGUGAACAAGACCCUGAGUUACUUGAACUCCUCCACUUGGGGCAGGAUCUCAUCUCCAACCCAGAGAGGGCUUUUACACCUUUUUCUUGCUGAGAACUGUGGACUCAGAUUUUGAGGUGCUUAUUCUCAUGUCAGCCGCUUCACUCUCGGCUGUGGACCAAUCCAGUGAGAGCUGAAGGUCACGGCCCGAUGAAACCAACAGGACCAAGUCAUCUGCAAAAAGCAGUGACCCAAUCCUGAGGCCACGGAACCUGACUCUAAACGCCCUGGUUGCACCCAGGAAUUCUGUCCAUAAAAGUUAUGAACAGAAUCCAUGACAAAGGGCAGCCCUGGUGGAGUCCAACCCUUACUGCAAACGAGUCCGACUUACGACCGGCUAUGCGGACCAAGCUCUGUCGUACAGGGAACGAACCGCCCUCGUCAGGGUGUCCGGUACCCCAUACUCCCAGAACGCAGGAUUCCCCGAGAGACAAAGUCGAAUGCCUUCUCCAGGUCCACAAAACACAUGUAAACUGGGCAAACUCCCAUACACGCUCGAGGAUUCUGCUGAGAGUGUAGAGCUGGUCCACAGUUCAAAGACCAGGAAUUGAUGGUGAUAAACUUAAAUGUUUUAGUGACCGUCCAUCAAUGGUUUAAUUUUUCUUCUAUCUAAAAAUCUAUUCUCAUUUAUUUUGUGGCAAAUGUAUUAAUCCCACUCCAUUCGUCCAAAUAGUGCUUUUAACCUCAUCGUCCAUGGACAUGUAAACUGACAUCAGAGAGAAAAAAAAGCACUAACAAGUUGACAGUUUUUAAAAAAAGGUUGUCGAGUGGUUAAUUAAAAUUAACCUCAACGGUCAUUUGUGGUAUGAAUGUAUCGCCUGCAGUGUAUCUACUUUGCAUGACUCAACUCAGUGCGUCGACAAACUUUUCAUAUUACAUAGAUGUGCAGCUAAGGAACUGCUGGUUUAAAGCAUUAGAUAAUGUUAUUUAAUCACAAAUUGCAUAAUUGAGAUUUUUCUCUAUAAACAGAUUGCCUUGAUUAAUCUUAAGAUCGAGGUUUUAGUCAUCUUCUUUUCAGAGUGCGUCGAGUUCACAUUACAUCUUCAAAUUCAAGAACACACCAAAGUAUUGAGAAUGACUCCUGAAAUGGGACCAUCUGAGGAACAUGAGUGAAGGAUUAAACAGGCAGAAAUUGUUCAUGGAUUUGGUUAUUUUCUCGUCUUAUUAUGAUGGUGAAAUUGUGAAUGAACAACCAGAUAGUUCCUUUUUUUGCCAAAAAUGUGAGAGCUGAGAGCUUGCAGUGCUUUGGAAAUGCUGCAUUAUCCUUCAUCAAAAAAUAUUUCAUCUCUGAGACAAUUCUGAUAUUAAUUGAAAAGAGAAAAGCUCAGCCUUUUUUCUGAUUAUUUGUUGCUGGACUGGGAGCUUGAGGAGGAUGCAGCUGUUUAUGAAUGACCCAGCAGAGACCGACCCAGCCUGUAAUGAUUGCAAAGCUCUGUGCUAAGGAUAUGACACAUUUACAACUGUGCAUAAUUUUUCAGAACUAUCCAUCUGAUCUGAUCUGAUUUGGGAAUAAUUAUUGCUGGAAUUUCCAGGCCUGUCCAAAGCUACUUUUCUUAAAAAUUACAUUGUAACAAAAAUGAUGUUGUAAAUAAUAUUUGAGCUCAUGAGCUAAAAGAUUGACACAUAUUUGGAGACUUGUUUUUUAAUGCAGAUAUUCAACUAGUACUAUUUUAAAUAAAAUUGUCAUUAAAAGUAGAUGUUAAAAAAUUUAUGAAUAGGUGCAAAUCUGCAUGUGUGUAGUCUAGAAAUGAAGGCAAUACAAAUACUCUUCCCACAUGUAUAAUUCAUCUCUAAGUUUACAUUCAGCUGUUUACUCUUCCUUUUUGGCUCUGAGUUUGGUAAGGUGCCAAACAAAACAAAAACAAGGACUGACGUCUAUAUUUUUGUUGCAUGAUUUUGCACAUCUUAGCCACUAACUACUUAAAAGUAGUUCGUCAUUUGUGCUCAUGACAUCUUUGUUACAGCGAGUGCGUUUGUGUGUGUGUGUUUUUUCCCUGUUGCCUCUUGUUUGAGUGUCUUAUUGUGCAGCUUGUCUGUUCUUGGAGAAGAGAAGGGACCCUUGAGCUCUGGUGGGAGAUGCUAAUCAGACAAGAUGACAGCCAGUGGCCCAGAGAGCAAAUGCUGACCAUUGUUAUAUUCAGUGUAGAAAAGGCCUCAGUUGGGCUACAAUGUGUCACAUCGGUGCUGUCACAGUCCCCAAAUUUCAACCCAUGUGCUGCUAGUCACACAAGUAGAAGAUAAAUUCAUAGCUGAAGUUUCUGCCGUUGUGGUGGCAGUUAAUGUGAAUAAUAAUACAGCUGCACAGAUGUUGAAAGUGAGACUGUACAUUUGUCGUAUUAACCCACUGAAGGCUUCAAGUGAGGAAAUGAAUCUGCAGCAGAACAACAUGUUUGUUAGGAUGAAACUUCGACUGUGCUCAAUGGAGUGUGAUCUCUGGCGUGAGAAAUGUUACUGACUAUCUGCAUAAAUGUAUUUUUAGAUUUCUGACUAAGAAUUGAUCGGCAGCAUGACGGUUAAUGUAUUGGUAGUAUUGGUAUGAUUGUUUGCUUGAUCACCUCUCAGAUGGGUGAUUUUUUUUACAGAUACCUCAAUUUUUAAUGCCAAGUAUAAUUAGUUUUAAUAUUUAAGUUUGCAGUUUGCAGUCAGCAUGCUUUUGCUGAUUCUCCAUCUGCUCUUAUCUGAGUUGUUGUUUUGUAAAUCCACUUUUUUUGUUCCAUUCAUGACCCUGCGGUGUUGCUGCACUUCGGCGCAAAUCAUUUGAUGAAUUUCAAAAUGAAAAACAUUCAUAUGUUAAAAAGUUUUGUGCACGGCUUGUUUCAUUAUUGUUUUUCUGGCAAACAUGAUUUCUGCAAAUUGUAUAUUUUUUAUUUAUAUGUAAAACUAAACAAAGGGUAUUGCAUUGUACUGAGGCAGAUUCAAUUACAGCAGGGACAAUCAAUAACUUAGGCUUUUUGUGCGACACAAUAUUGUUUCGAACAGCAAGAACAAUUGAGGCACUGAAUGUUUUUUACAGACUCUAUCACAUAAAUUGGAUUAUAACGAUCAGAUAUGAUAUUUUUCAAUAUAUGCCAGAUGCUCUUGCUUUGCAGUGGGUAGCAGAUAUUGAUUUUAUUUGUUUAUCUGUUUGACUUUUGAAAUAUUGAGGGUUUCUUUUCUUCAUUUAAAAAUGAUUUUUAUCAAGUUUUACUGCUCAGCUGUUUGAAAGAAACCUGGCAUUCAUCACUGACAAUUUGUGAAGUUUGAAUUGCUUUUGGUAAAAUGAACCAUACUGAUUGUGCAGUUGAUUUAUAUUCAACAAGCAAAAUGACAUCAUAGCGUCUUUUUUUCCUGCAUGAUUAAACUCAACGAGGGAAAUAGAAAUGUGACUUUUUCUCAUUCACAUCCAGGAAGAAUAAUAGUUAUCUGCUCAAUUUCAUCUCAGUUAUUCCAUCCUAAGUGCUACGAGUUAAAUGUCGCGCCUCUCACCUCUGGAGAGUGUUGGUGGGUUGUAGGAUUUGACUUCUGACUGUUAUGUUUUGGUUUUCCAUUUGAAAAUGUUAUGUGUGCAGCAGGGGCAUGUUUUUUGUUGCUGCCCAAUAAGAGCUGCAAAAGAAUGAGUAAAGAAGCAUAAAUCAUUCAUUUCUUUCUUAUUUCUUUGGUUAUUUUAUCUUUUAGUUAUCAGAGGGUUGUAGAAAAGUCCAAAAACAAGUCAAACAUAAUCUGCUUACAUGACACCUUUAGUCCCACAAACUACCAUAACCAGAGAAUAUUUAAUUAACAAUGACAUACAAAGUACAAGAGGAAAAAAUACACAAACUUGAAUGACUGCUUUAAGAGAAUGUUGGUCUUUCUACCUGGAUUUUAUUUGGACAUGAAGUUUUCUGUUUUUAGUUACGAGCAUUUAAACAUGCUGAACAUAUAUCUGAACAUCUAUCUGAAAAUCAUCUGUUUGUCUUUAACUCUGGAUUGUCCGUAUUCCAUGUUCAGAGCAGGAAAACAAAGAACAGAAUAGUUUUAACCGUGAUCCAGCAGAAAAUUCAACUGCAUCUCUUAGAAACACCAAAGGUUAAAACAGAAGAAACAGAACACUGUGUGACACCUGUACAGAAAUCUGCAUGAACUCUGUGUUUAGUGACACGUAUGAAGAGUCAUGGGGAUCCAGUUGUUGUCUUUGACAUCCUCAUCAUGUCUGUUUGCUGGAGAAUAUAAAUAGAUUGUACCUACACUGAGCUGUGUGAGUGAUCUUGACUGAACUGUGUGUCUCUCUCUGACAGGUAUGGAGGAGCGGACCAACCAAGCGUCUUGGGCCCCAGGUGGCGAGUCCAGUCCCUCCUAUGAGUCCUCUCGGGUAAGAUGGCCUUUCUGCUCCACAGCACAUCAUUUAACACUCAUUACAUCAAAGCGGUACACUUACAAUCUUUUAGUUUCACCAUACCCUACUCAUGUUUCUUUAGACAUUUUUUCUGCGCAAGAAAGACCAGUUAAUGUUCUCACAGGUCGGGUGUGUGUGUGUGUGAGUUUUUUUCUUUUUGUGUUGUUAAGUGUGUUGAACAGUUGUUAGAAACAACUCCAAUAUUCAUCCCUUCUCUCCUUAACUCUGAAUACAUGUCUUCAACCUGAAAACACACACAAUAAAUAUAGAAGCAUCAAGAAGUGAAACUCUGGAAAAAGUGAAACGGUUCACUCAUUAAGUAAUUUAGUCUUCACAGUAAAAAACUGUAUGUCGGUUUGUUUUGAGGUGAUUUGUUGAGAAAGCCAAUGUACUGAGACGAAUGUUUCAAAAGCUCUUCAGAUGGGCUUUGUAUGCUGUGUAUAGUUUACAUACUACAUCCUCUGGUCCAUCCAUAUUGGGACCUUAAAUUUGAGUGACCUUUAGUUUCGCACUGAAGGUGUAAGUGUACAUAUCUUUACACCCUUAAUGAGUCGUGUGUCUUCUAAACAUGCAUCAAUCUGAGCCUGAACCUUCCAAAAAAGUGUGUCUUUAACUUUUUUAGUUUUUUUUUUUUUCUGAAUGUGCAGAAAUUCAAGGCCAUCACUACAUUGCUGCAGCCAGUCAUAUUGUGUUAAGCUUGCUAGAGUAAAUUCGUUUGAGUUUGAUGAAGAGCUUGAUGAAAGCUCGCUGAAAACUCUGGGUUUGUUGUUAAAUCCUGUGGUUAACAUGCUCACCGCCUCGGCAGAUGCUACAGUGUACAGAACACUGUAAAGUUUGUGUUACUGCUGUUACUCUUCUGAGAUUUUUAGCGGCUUUAGGGUAACUAGAAUAAUGAAAAUAAAGCAGCCAGUUACAAGAAGACCUGCUUAUUCAUGUAACUGUGAUAAAAAGCACAGCUCCAAACGCAGACACUCCUGGUCUGAACAGGGCCAAAAAAUGUACUACACUGGUUCAUAUAUGAGAUAAAAUAGCUUCUGCUUUCUGGAGCGUGUCCAUACUAUCUUUAGUCCAAGACUGAAGAUGAAAUGACGCCAAAAUAAAUACAAUUAUUCAGGACUGUUGUUGUGGAAUGUGUCUUCAUCUCUUCUGAAAUUCUUGCAGUAAGAUGAUGAAAGAAACAGUGCAUGGGAAAGCACAUCUCUAUUGUUCUGGUUAAGUGAGAGUAUUUCACUAUUUGUGUGAGCAAGUGUGAACAGCUCUCUCCCCUGUUUGUUUGUCCCUCACACAUUGGUUGUUCUGGAUGCCCUGUAUGAAUUUCAUUCAAUGUCAAUCUCCUGUCACUUUCUAUUAGAAUUCAGUCAAAUGUCAGAGCCACUCGGGCCACAUUACCUUGUUUAUUCCUCUGUGCCCUUCCCGAAUGAACAUCUACAGGCUAUGGUAACAUAGGCAGCUUGAUUUGAAUUAUAAGACACAGACGCUUGAGAUAUCUUUGCUCCAGGUGCAUAUAAAUGAGUGUCUCUGACAUUGCAAGGCACAGCGUCAGCCAGCAGACAGCUGUUUGCACCUCCAUAAGGCGUGCAUGCAAACAAGCAUGCUUACACGUCACAGACUCACACACACACACACACGCACAGCUGCAUACACACAUUACACUGACACAGACUUGAUGUAUAUUAGCAGGUAAAAUAUUUUUGUAAUAUUUUGGACCGUGUUAAGAAGUAGUUGGUGGUAUCUGUAAUGAAUCUUAGGUGUCUACAGUAAAUUCUUUUCAACAUCUUCAGUUGUUUCUUCAUUCACAAAAAAGUGACACUUCAUACUGUAUAUCUUCAGUAAACCCCAUGAAAACAGGAAUAAACCUCUGGUUCAUUCGAUGUAUGUUGGCCCGUAGUGAAGAAUUUAGUGCAUACAUUCACAAGAACAACCGACCAAAUUUCCCCUAAGCUCAGAGAUGUGUCAGUAAGAUGUAGAUGACCUCAAUAAAGCUGAUAUUCUCAGGAUAGAGAAAAAGGGAAUUUCCUUAGAGUUAGUUAUAAGAAGGACAGAUUGAUUGUAUAUGGGUUCAUGGUUAAUUUGGUAUUGAUAACAUGUAGCAUGUAUCACAAUUCUCUUGAAUGUCGACUCUAAUACUGUUCAGAGUGAAAAACAGCUCCUUUACUGGCCCUGUGUUUCAAUCUAAUACCAACUCUUCGCCUCCUGUUUCAUUGCUUGUCAAAUCAAUGAGUGCAGUAAUGCUCAACCAGCGCUAAGUGGUGAAUGUCUGUUUCUGCCAUGUUGAAUUGACAGUAUUUCAGCACUGAAAUAAAAGCUCUAAAAUACAGGGAACACUCCUGCAGCGCACAGAAACAGUCAGCUGGUCAUGGAUAACAUUGACUGGCUAAAUUGGCUAAAUUUGAAUAAACUAUUUUAAUUUUUGUAAGUUUUGACUGCACAUGGGGGUACAAGGCUUAUAUUUACACCUACAUGCAGCCUAGACUUUCCAGUUUUAUUGAGGUAUGUUUCAUCUGUAUGUUUCUGGUAAAUAUAACUGUGUCGCUGAGUUUUUAAGAUGUCUUUUUGCUCGCAGUAUCAUCCUGUCAUUCCUUUUCAGUGUUUUUAUAUCAGUAUUGUUGAUGAUAAAUAAAUAAUCAAUUAAAAAGCAGCUAUUGUUAGACGUGUCCGAAAUGAUUCGCUUUAUCUGCCCGACGUUGUGGGCAGAGCUCCUGUGUGUUUCAGCCUCAGUCUGUUAAGAAGGGAGUUCAGUCUCGUCCCUGAGCUUGUUUGAGCUGCUGAGCUACGACUGUGCGAUCAGUCAACUGUGAACAGUCCCGAGCCCCGUCGUGCUGACCUUGGCUUCCAGCCAGCCGCUGUAUCCUGGGCAGCUGUGGCUGUAGGCUGGCGGUCUGACAGCCAGAGCUGUGCCCACCACCACCGCAAGACAACCCCCACUUCCCCAGUCCCCAGCCCUGACUUGAUACCCGACCCCACACGCAUCCAUCAUGACCAUAUCAUCACUCCCCGAGCUGCCACAUGCAGUUACUCGUUCACCUGGGAUGCAGCUCAGAGUGUGGAGGAGAUGACUUUUUAAAUGCUGUGAGGAGUGAUUAGGGGACAGAGUGUGAGCUCUGGUCUGCUUGUUGCCACAGUGAUCUGACAGUUAUUUAAUCAGUGGAGUUUUCGUAGCCCUUUGGCAGUGGGUACGCCAUGUGUUAGAGUCUCAGAUGGAUGUAGGCCAGUCCUGCUUGAGAAAGAGAAGAGAUUUGUGAUUGAUCCUCUAAUAGACUUAAAGGAGGAAACAGUGGAAGACAUGAUGAAAGUGGUGUUAAGUCUUUAUUGGUACAACGUGCUUUCCACAGAUUCAGUUAAAGGACGAGUUCAACAUUUUAGGAGCUAGUGGUAGAGAGAGGAAGAGGAUGUCUGAUAACUGUGAAGCUUCAGUCAAACCAAGAAAACAGAGAUCUGUUGUAUUCUUGGUUACACUGAUCACAUCAUUUGUGUAAGCACUAAACAAUGAGAGUGGGAAAAUGACAGUUCAUCAUUUUACAUGAAGUUAUGUACUGGACUUACUCUUUUUGGAAAGCAGUUGCCAAGCAACAAGAAACGACUCCAGGAAGUUACUGGUCCCAGCCAAGAAAUCGACUGGCACACGAACCCUCGUAAAAUAGACAAUUUAGUUUUUACACAUUGUUUUUUGCUACAAAGUGAACAAAUGUGGUGUGAAAUGCUGAUUAGCUUAUCUUUGUUUUGUUUAAUAAACAAAUAUUAGUUCCUACAUCAAUCGUGUGGAUGUCCUGUGUUUGACCAUACAAGCAACUUUUGCCUCCAGACUUUGGCAGGUCAAUGGCAUCAAAACUUUCUAGGGAAACAUACAAAAACACAUCAGCACACAAGCAAAAACAGCAUUCGCAACCUUUUUCUUUUUCUUUUGCCUAUCAUGGCCUUAAUUGUAAAUCAGUUGCAGUGUUACUUAAAAUGAUAUAAACCCGAUGAUCAAAAGUGACCUGGAGAGGAGCUGGCUUCUCCUUGGAUCUUGGGUCCAGUCAUUCUGUUCAGUCAAACUAACAGGAUGUAACCCACAAUUUAUUAAAUCAGUAUGAAAGAAGUGUCAGCCUCCUCAUGCAUCGAAAGCAAAUAUGUUGAAUUAUUCCUUUAACCCAUAAGUUGUUCUUUAUUCUGCCUCAGAACUGAGGAGAUGUUUCUUCGUAGCUUAUGUGAGCUCUGUGUGUGUAGGUCUGUGUGUGUUGUGUUGCUGUAGCCUCUCACAGAGCUGUUGUUGUUAUUGAGUCUGUUCAUGGUGUGAUUAACAGUGUGUGCGGCCUGGCAGCAGCACAAUAGGGAAUCUCUGAGGAUUCCCUCGACACAGCACAACACUCCACUGCCUUUGAAAUUACUCCAUCACCAUCCACUCACGUAAAAAAAGAUGGGUAAUAAGAUUAACUUUUUUUUACUGUAUGUUGAAUGCAAAGGGUAUGAGUUGGUUGAAAUAGCUCUAUAGAAAUGCAAGCCCACUGCGGCUUGGUCCCUCUGCUGGGAGUUAAUGUAGUUUUGGGAGAUGUAUUUGACUGGAGCACAGGAGGAUUUUCACAGGGCUUGGGAUUAGCACUGUAACAGAGUAUCUUUUAUUACAUGGGACCAGAGUUUUCAAAAACCAUACUGUGACCGAUAUUUAGACCUAAGCCCUGAAGCUGAUAACUGUCAUGAAAAGGCAGUGUUAAGCUGCAGGAGUAAAAAGGCAAUUCUUUUGAGCUGCAGGUACCAGGGUACCAACGAUGUAGGAUUGCAACUCUCUGUUUCUCCCUUCUCUUUGUUAUAACACCUUCUUAUAAAGCGUGGGUGGAUCUAUAAACCUGUUAUCAUGAAGAUCAAGAAUAACUUCAAGAUUGAAAAAUAAACGUAUGUGUUAGAUGUAAGUUUUGUAGAUAGAUACGGAGUCAAAUCAAAGCUUUGACAUUUUUUUUUUUGCGAACCAGAAAAGUAGCUCAAAAACAGUAUUUACAAUAUUGCCCUCGAUAGAUGGUAGAUGAUUCUGAUGACAAGUUAGCAGUAUGAAUUUUCAUCUGGUACUGAUGCAUGUAACCUUUAAAGAUUUGCCAAGAAUCAGUUUCAUGACUUAAAAAUAUUGAUUGGUCUAUCCUAUGAAAACCUGCAUCAAUAUUGUAAUAAGAUAUGACAAGAAAAUACUAAUUACAAUAAAAUCAAUGAACUUAAUUCAUAUGCAGGUCAGGGUUAUUUGGAAAUGAUUGCAGGUAUAGUGAUGUGGUUUCCUGUAUCAGGUAUUGAAAUAAUAUAUGAUGAAAAGGUAAUACAAUAAAUAUUUAAAAGGAGACAGCAAUGUUUCAUCACACAAAUUCUCAGGUUCAAAGUAAAGCCAACUGCUCUAAUAUUUGUCUGUCUGAUCUCAUAUAUGUGGAUUAUUUCAACAUACAUGGAGGAACAUAUGAAAGUGACACAUUACUGGACAAACAGACAAUAAAUCCAGAUUAGUGACAGUUUAAAAGUCCUUACCAUUAAUCACUCAAACUUGUUUACUGAAAUCUUGUAAGACUUGUACAGAAGUACUCAUAAACCAACAGUAGAGAAAAAAAAAUAAAGUUGUAGGGUAAAACAAGACCAAAGAUGUGAGUCCAUAACAGAUGCUUGAAGACUCUUAUUUAAACUGUGUUCAGAUUCUGAUGGAAGCUUUACAUGGACAUGAAAGAAAAGAUAAUUAUAGGGUAGAUCAUAUAAGAUGUUGUCACUGCUGCUUCUGUUCUUACAAGUCCACUCUUCAUACGUGUCGUCAUGGCAAUUAAAGCUCUCUUAAAAUGAACCCUCAUUUAAAAUACAACACUGAUGAAAAGAUUUGUUUUUCAUUUUGGUUCUUUUCUACAGAAGACAGGGUGCCUUUUAUUAGCCUUACAAACCAGUCCCAGUCAUGUUGUCCUCUCACUAAUUAGUGGUGUGUCGUAUCACUUCAUUAGAGAAGUUGCCUGAUAAUGUGCUUAAUAUUCUGAUCUCUCCCCUCAGGGUUUCGCAGACAGCCCUCAUUAUGGCGAUCAUCUGAGUGACAGUCGAUUAGUGUCCCAUGAAGGAUUGUCCUCAACACCUUUUAUGAACUCUAACAUAAUGGGUAAGUAAGUGAUUCUCCUCUGCUCACCCCUCACAUGCCCUUUAGUUGUGGACGGACUUCCUGUUAGAAAAAAUUCCCUGAUUGAGGUCAAGGCACAUCAUGCAUUUCUACGUAGCUGUAUUGGAAGGCUUGCAGAGCUACGGGGUUAUUUUCUUCCAUCUCCUGCUGUGUUUAUUCCUUCCUUUAAUCCCCCUCCCCUUUCUGUAUCUCCUUCUUCUUCCUCCUCCUGUGAUGACCCUCCCCCAGGCUAGAAGUCACGCCAUCAGUAUAGCUUUCCAUCAUAAGAAGCUGUCUACUAGACAUCAAAAACGCCCACAGCUACUUCUAUUGGCAGCAGGCGGGGGAAUUUGGGAUGUGAGGUUAAACAGGCUGAUGGAUGAGACCUUCUCAUAUAAAAACUAUACAUCUCAAAUUUAUUAUAGAUUUUUAUAGAUUAUAUACCACAGAUCAUUGAACACUUUGCUUUUUGAGCUCCCCACUCUUGGCCUUUGGUUUUCUUUAAUCAUCUUAUCUUCAUUGUUUGCUUUAUCAGACCAGCUGUAUUCAUGUUUCUCACUGUUUUUUUUUUUUUACAUACAUUUUUGGGCAGCAGUGAUUUAUUUGAGAUACAAUGGUUUAUGGGCCUUUGGUUGUCAAUCCAUGUGGCCUAGACCAGUGACGAUGGGUCAGAGGCCAGCUUGGUUCAUGUAGAUAAAUGCCUCUUAUUCCAUGAUUAGAUGGUUUUGUUCCAUGGAUGUAAUGGAAUCAAGAGUUUUGACACCAUAAGCUACUCAGAGCCAUAUGAAUGCCAUUUUUAUCCAUGUCUCUAUAUUUUAUAUCCUGGACUUAUCAUGAUAUUUUGGUAUUGUGAGAUUUGGAUAUCGUUACAUCCUUAUUCAGUGAACUUGUCUAGCACAUUAUUGUCUUUGGCACUGUCUUCUUAAGCAGUUUUUAAGCCAUUUUUCUCCUGUUUAUGAAAUAUCUCAUUGACUGACCAAACAAAAUACUGUUUGUGAAAAUACUUUGAAGAUUUCAUUAAUUUUUUCUAAAGAUCUAAUUUGAAAAAAACAGACCACCCUGUGUUGAAUCCAAUGCUCAUGCUGCUUGAAGGUCUGACCCUCUGAAACCUCAUGUGAGGAUGUCACUGCAGCUUCUUACAUGUGCUCAGUGAAUGUCAAAAUCAGAUAAAUGACACAGAUAAUUAGACCAACAUUAUAUAUAUGUACUUCAUAUAUGGUCUUAUCCCUUCAGUUGUGAUUUCCUUGUGCUUUGGUCAACUCUUGAAAUGCUGGACCUUUGUACUGCUUGAAAUCUGAGCCUCUGCUUAUCGGCUAAACUACAUAAUAAUGCCCGUUUACUGUAGGACGAGAAUAUAACUGCAUUGCAGUGUUAAAAUCAUCAGGACUGUUUUUCUAAUACCAUCUAUUUUGAGUGAUCUGAAGUUUUGUGUAUGCAUGGAUUUAAACUAUCAGUAUUUAUAAAUGUGUGCAGAAUGACUCACAGUCAGCCACAAAUCCUUUUUACACAGUGUGAUGAUGAAAAACAUGAAUCAUAUCAGUGUGUAUUUAGCUGUGGGAAACAUUACACUCUGAACACUUUCCUGUCAAGAUACUUUCGUCCAGAAAAAGGCAAGCUUUUGUGUUAUCUGAAGAAAUGAGUGUUUUAAAUAUCAAGCUGUGGCUUCAAUACAGUUAGCUCUUUAUAACUGACAGAUUUUACUGCUACUUAACAAAAUCUUACAUGUCUGUUCAAUGUCGUCAAACCUGCAGACGUGAAAUGACAGUUUCCCCCAAACAUGUGGCAUGGUCGUCUUCCAGCCUCUUGAGAGUAAACUGCGGGUGAUUUAAGCUGGAGAGUGGGGCCUUGGGUGAACGCCUCAGAGCAACUCACUGCUUAACGAUGACACUGUGUCCCCUGGGACCUGGCUCCUAUGCUUGAGAUGACUCUGGAUCAGCUGGUCUGGGCCACACAUGCAUCUCAGAUCCACCUCUUUUGUGCUGCAGUCCUCUUACUAUGCCGUACCACAACUGAUGUAUGUUGCAAUAGGCAGCUGUAUUUUGUAUAUUUUACGUUGCAUCACUGACAAAAUUUUUUAGUCACAGCCAUGCGAGUAUUUUGAGUCAGACAACGUAUCACAUGAGGUGAAAGAUGCUACACUUUGACAGUGUAUGGACAUAGGAUCAUCCAAAGGGAUCCUCAAUCCUGGGUCUAAUGGCCUCACAAAUGCACAAAAACUCCAAGCUUUACUUCAUGUAUUCAUACUGAUGAAUCGCAAUUCUACUUUAAAGAGUUACAGUAUUAUUUCCUGAUUAGCCACAGCAUGUUUCCUGUACCCUCUUUAAAAAGAUAACACAGACAGGGUGCCCCUGGCAGCAUCAGUCUUAGUUAUAUAAGCACAGUUAUGAAUUGUUGAAAACAAAUAUCUCUUUAAGAGAUAUAUUUCUUUGCCUGUUGUGAGGGCAGAGCUUAAUUUCUCUUUGCAGUAAGUACACAUUACUGAUAGUCUGGGUAUUCAAAUUCCCAUUUUAUCAUUUCUAGUGAUAUGGCAGUCACUUAUGCCUUAAACUUGUGAUAGAGUUGGACUCUAAACCGAAAGAUAAAUGAUUUUUCCUCCAAAUGCACUAGGAUUGCUUUGUUUUGUUUAUUUGCACUCUUACUAUCCUCCACUUUUCUAUGCUCCUUUGCAGUUGAUGAUGGAUAGAGUUAAAUGACUCUCUCUCUCUCUCUCUAUUCUGUCUCUCUGUCGUAAUGCUUGACUCUUAAGUCUUGUAGUGGAGGCUUGUUUCUCACCCAGUUGUUGUAAUUGUUUAGCCACAGGGAUAACCAACAGUUCACAGCCCUGACAAGAAAUAGUUAGAUCUAAUUACCUGCCCAGAUAUUUCCUGGUGGUGUCAGCUCGAUGAGGGGAAUCCUGUGGGGGACGUUGAUUUCAAGCAAUCUGGGCAAUUACCACAGGCGAUGAGCUACAACUGAAAGAGCUGCACUCUGCCUCUUUAUUUUAUGCUGUACUGUGCCUGCCUGCCUGUGUGUGUGUGUUUGUGUGUUAAUGUGUGUUUGCUGCUUUUUUGUCAUUAUUUACUUAAUGGACUGGCAUUGUUUUCUACUAAGUGUAGAAAGCCUUUCUAAAUCUCAGGCUGAACCUCAGAUGAUGCUCUAAAGUUGCUAAUUAGCCUGAGAGGGUGGAUAAAGCUGUUCACAGCUGUCGUUAGUCACAGUUUGUGGUCCUUUUAUUGCAAUAAAAAACAUUGGGGAAAUGUGUUCGGGGACAUCUAAAGACCUCCAAAAUCCCUGACAUGGCAGGCUUGCUCCCUGUCUUUUACCUUAAACUGCUCCUCUCUGUCAAACCUAAAAAAGUGCAAAUGAUGGGAUUUUUCCAAGAAAAUUCUGGACAUAAUCAUGUUUGUUGUUUUUCCCAAAUCAUGUUUGUAGUUCAGAAAUUGUCUAACUGCUAUAAAGUAACAAGCUGAUCAUCAACAAGACACUUGCAAACAUAAAUAGCUCUAAAAUCUAUAGCUAUAUGCACAGUUGUCAGUUGUCAACAAAUGAGUUUACACAAAUUUCAAUAAAGACAACCAGGUGGCUUGUUCCUGAGUAGAUUUUUGUGGCUUUAGUUUCACUAAUGUGGUGAUAACUGCCUCUGCAUCAGUUUUUUUUGCAGCCAUGUGCUCUAUGGUAUGAUACCACAACUGCUGAGUUGUACUUUCCUGCUCACGUUUCUGUGGUGUGCUCCAUACAUAUUACUCAUACAGCUUUAGCCCUGCAUAACAACUAAUCAGCUUAUAACUGCCAUCAAUGCACACAUACAUCCACAUGAAUUCUGCUGCCAGCUUGUCCACGUACACAUGUGACCUCCAUGUGACACAUGUGACCUCUUGAAUAUGAUCAAGCUGUUGUGUUGUAUCUGUAAAUCAUCUUCUACUGCAGUACAACUUAAUAAGCUUCUGCAGGUAGCUGUGAACAUUAGCCUAUAGCAGUGGAUGGGAGGCGCGGAUUCAAAUACAAAACACUGUAGCAACUUUUGCCAUGCUUUUGCUUGUAUCCCCAUCAGCCAAGUUUUUUUCUGUCACUAUUGAGUUAAAUUAUUUAAAGAGGCGGAGAAAAUCUUUGGAUAGCAAAGCUUUUUAUACACAUGCAAGUGAAAUGAGCACAUUUUAGCUUACAUCCCCUAGCCUGUAAGAGCUAUGGAUGAUAACUGUCAGGAUGACUUGGAAAGCAUCAGGUUGACUUGUAUGAAAUAUUUUAGGGGGCUGCUUUUAUAUGUUAUUUAAUUUUUUAAAGCUCCUGUUGGGAGUUCUGGGACUACGAUUAACAGUGGUGCAUCUGUAUGAUAUACAAUUGCAGUGACAAGAUUGACAAUGUCUUUAUUGCAGUUUUUAACCCCUGUAACUGCUGUGAGAGGAGAAUUAUGUUGAGGUUACAGCCAUUAUGUGAUCCAGUUAACUGUAAAAAGUCAUCAGGGAAGAAAUUUUUCAUCAAUUAACACUACUUUUAGGAAGAUGAGAUGAAAUCAGUAAAAAUAUAAGUGUUGCCACUUUGUCUACAGGGGGCGCCAAAAGUUCUUCACAGGAGCCUUAACUAAAAAUUAGCCUCUUGAACUUGCUGUAAUUUUUCUCAGUUUGCUUGUUGCUAACACAGAAGUCACGGGUUGCAAACAUAUCUUUUGGAGUUACUAUCCAGUGACUCUGCAUAUGCAACAGAUCAAAAAAAAUACUGCCCUGGAUAGAUCAUACUAUACUUGUGUGUCUUUGUGUGAGCUGUAAUGCAAAUAAAAGCAAAGGAACAAUUUGCUUCUGUAAUGUAAGACCUGCCUUGUACAAACAGUAGAUGCUCAGUGGUGCAGUUAAUCUUGCUUUAUAACAUAUAUGUGUAUUUUAAUUUUUCUUUUUUGCAUUUACAUUGCAGAAUUAAACUGUGGAAAUGUUUUGGGGAUGUUGGAUCCUGUAAGAGACAAAAAAAUGUAUCAAGUACUCUCGCUGCUCCAAACAGACUCUUGCAGAAUGUAUCUCUUUCAGUCUCGGUCCUUUCCUUGGCAUGUCAAAUCCCACAUCACACCAGCAUCCCUAGAGUGUUUUUACAGGGGCAGGUGUCAUGUGCUAAUGCUCCAUCCCAUGAGAGACUCUCCUUAGACCCAGGCUGGUAGUGAUUGUGGCCAGAUGCUGCUCAGGUGUGAACUUGGUUUCCACUGCAGAGUGGGUCACAGGUGCUGCCAAUACUAUUCUCAUAUGUCUCUCCCUCUCUCUCUCUCUCUCUCUCUCUCUCUCUCAUACACACACACACACACACACACACACACACACACACACACACACACACACACACACACACACACACACACACACACACAUAUGGUGCAUUGAGACUAUACUGCAGGCUUUCACAGUUGGAGCAGCUGAAUACAGCAUUUUCUCAUGGCAAAGAUUUUUUAAAUGUACAUAUCUUCUGUAUGUAAGACAAGAACAGAGAAGAGAGGGAGAGCAGCAGAGAUGUGGUGCUGUACAGUUUAGUGGAAGUAGCUGGUCAUUAUGCAGAGCUGCAGGGUGUGCUUAUCUAUUACCGCGGUCAGUGGAGCAUGAAGAGCUGAAGACGAGCUGAAAGGGCACAAAUCCCUUUUCUUCAUCCCCGAGCCGCCCACAUCUCCCCACAUAGCCCAGCCCCUCCUCGCCCCCUCGUCCUUCUCUCAGCCUAUCUUGGCCCUGGCCGUGCCCUCCUUUGGCCCCGGCCCUCAGCAUGCGACUGGCGAGGCCGGCCAGCUGCAGAGGAUCAGCUGUAGUCUCGGCGGGCCUGGAGGGCUGUCUCUCCAAAGAGAAGGGGAGAGUCGAGGCAUGGCUAAGGUGUGAUGACAUAACAAGUCUGUAGGAAAGCAGCUGCAGGGGGCAGAGCAUCAUGAGUGUAUUUACCAUCAACCAGGAAGUGUCAACCUCUAGCUUGAAUCCCCAUAAGAGAUGUAAGAGAGGUUUUCUUAUGUGUGUAAUACAGCAAGGUCAAGUGUAGACAGCUCUGUUGGAUAGGCCUAUAAUACUUGUGCAUAAUUAUCUACAUGUGUCUGUAGAUAAAAGUGUCUGUGGAUUAAAAGUGAACUUUCUGCUAAAAAUUCUAAUAUUCAGACAGUAGUUAAAAGACACCCAGACAAAAAAAAAAAUCGAUAUUCUGUUGCUAAGUUGCUUUGUACUUGUUAGCUUUCUUGCAUAUACCACAUCUCCUUCUUUCUCUUUCCACCCUGUUCCUUUCUUUCCCCCCUCCCCCUGUCUCUCAUUUCUCUCGCCUCAUGCUUCCUGCAGCUGAUGCCAGGAAGAAGGUUGGGAGAUUAUUUAAUACAAGCUUAAAGCUAAAAAGGAAAUGAUUCAUUCAGAAGAAUUACUGUUAGUGGAACAAUUAAAGUCUGCUGACUUCAGCUGCCAUUGCUGACAGAAUUGAAUAUCCUCUCACGCUAAAGCUUCGAAACAGUGCGCUAAAGGAGCAGAGAAGUGUUCAGUCUUCACACGAGAGUCUUGGAUCUUUUUUGCAGAAAACUUUACUUUCAGUCUGGAAAUGUAAACAUAGCAGUGAGGAUUUGAUUAUGGAUAAAACUGGAUUACUGGCCAAACACGAUUUCUAUGUAUCGUAAGAUGAAUUGUUAGACUUUGAAGCAGUUCUGCUUCUGUCUCUGGUUUUGCUGGAAUUCACAGAUGUUGUCUUGAGAGCAUUAAAAGACAGCCACAGUUGUUUUCAAUCAAGAAUAAAUAGCUCUGUGUGCAUAAUCUAACAUGACACUGUUUGUAACUCUGCACACAUUUAUGGCUGAGUCUGUAGAUUUGCAAAAGGUGGAGCUGUUUGGCCUUUUUUGUGAAGAAGACAACUGGUUCUUUAAAAUGUACUGUAAAUGGGGGAUAGGAGAGAUCAUUGGGAUAUGUAAAGAAGGAUGUUCAAGUUCACAUCUAAGGAGACGUUACACAGCUUUGACAAAACAAAACCCAAGUAUCAAAUAAUUAGUGGAUCACUGGCAUGUUUGACACCGAACACUGAAUCCCUCUGAUUCUGAUCCUGAUGUUUCUAAAGGUAAAGAGAAUCCACUUCAGGACUAAUUUUGGUCACUUGGGCCCAGAGAAACCCAGUAUGAAACCUUGUUGGACACAGAUGGACACCCAGUUUGCUCCGACUUUUCCUCCUUUCUCCUCAAACACAGUCACUCCACUUUGAAACCAGAGAGAAUGCAUGAAAUUGAUCCCUGAUGUUUGUACAUCUGUCGUCUAAACAGACAAUUCAGGCUUGAGUUGCUUUUUUCAGAGUCACCCUCCUAUCCUAAUGAACUAUUCAUUCAAGAACACAUCUGAGGGUUAGGGUAUAGUUCUGAUGAGCAAUGGACAAACUUGGUUUACACUUGCUUGUCAAUUCUGCAGACCCCACCUCCUUCACUGUCACAGCUGCUCUCACAGGCCUCCUAUCUCAACGCAAUCAAAUCACCAGCUAAUGUCACACUCCCAGCGUUUUUGGCUGUAGUGGAUUGUGAUUGGUUGAUAAAAUGUAAGCAUUUGCAUUCGCUUUUACUCUCACUUGACGGUGCCUGACAUUUUCUUCAGUGCUGGCACAGUCCUGAGAGUGUGAGCUGUGGGAAGUGUAAAGAGGAACAUGGCUCCGUGAGACUUUUUCUUAACUGCCAGGAAUCUGGGGGCGGGAAGGUACUUUUUUUGUCAACUUAAAUUCUGCACAACUUUUUUUUAAAUAGCUGCAACAGUUUUUGCCCACAAACAAAUCAUCCCCACAGAGAGCGCCCUCAUCAAAGGAAUCAUCCUUCUGCUUGGGUUGUUUUUGUGUUUUAUUUAGUUUGGGCUUUUGUUCUUAAACAGCAGAGCUCUUUGGGUUUGCAGGGGUUUUCUGUGUAAGAAAAUAUGCCUGCAGUUCUUGGAGCUGGACCAGCAUACCUAACCCAUGUGUGUAUCCUUCCUCGUCCUUCACCUCGGCUCUCUGUUGUUUCACUGCUCAACAGUUGUUUGGCGUCAAACAGCAAACAUUAACACUCACUUUGAAGUCACACACACACACUCAGCCUUUAUUCUAAUAUCCAUCAGGGAGACGUUUCUUCAGCUUGUUAAACCUGCCCUUGUUUCAGUGGAGACGGCUCUCUCUCCACCUGUUCGGGGUGACGGCUGUGAGCUCACUAUUCUGCAGGAAGAGCGCGUUGGCGUCCCCACCCAAGUAGCAUCUAUUACAGUGUUGGUGUUCACAUGGUGGAAGAUGUUAUUAGGGAGCUCAUCGCCUUCCUCCUCCGAGAGAAUGGAUGUGUGAUUAUGAAGUCAUCAGCCAUGAACCAGUGAGGCUGUGGAGAAGCACCCCUCCUCCCGGGUCCUCGGGGUGCCAUUGAUUGGUGACCAUGUGUUUGUGCCUGAUAGACUGUGAAAUGGUGUGUUGCUGCACGGCUGUGUCACACCUGCGUCCCACCAAGGUGAUUGAUUGGUUUGGUCAUGUGGAAUGUUCCCAUCUGGUCCGCAGUAAUGCAUUUUUUUCCUCAUUCGUGAAUAACAAGUGCUGGCAGGAGAAUAGUUGGGCUCUGAAAAAGGCAAAGGCCAAGCGAAAACAUUUCCCCCUUUGCACCUCCCCCCCUUUUCCUUUUUACCGAGUUAGAAAAAAUCCAAAUAGACAGAGCCAUGGCACCUGAUUAUCCUGGGAGGGGAUAAAUACAAUCAGCAAAUCCGCAUCUCCUCGCGCAGAGAUGAAUUUUCAGAAAAAAAUAAACUGUUUAGUGAGCGGGAGGGGCAGCAGCUCCCGACUUUCAAAGUCAUUCUUCAGCGCUGAAGAAUGUGCCAUAAAAACACAGGACAUCUUUGAUCUAGCUGAAAAUUUAAACACCUUUUUUAUUGAUACUUAACUAGAUACAAGUGUAAUCUCAAAGCCAUGGAGUCAUUCUUUUCCCCCCUUCAAGCCUCUGAUGUGUUAUUCUCUUCUCAUUCUUCCUGGUUUGAUUUCUCUUAAUCUUGAUCCGUCUCCUUUAAUUGAUCUAUUCAUUCCACCUAAUGGCUAAUUACACAUCAGGCUGCAUGAGCAGAUGCAUUUAUCAUCAUAGUACGUAAUAAUCAGUGACAUUUCAACAAAGAAAAAAAUAAAUAUGCAAAUAAGAGCUCAUUAACAUUUGCUCUUGCUGUUUUGAAUAAUGUCAGUGCAGACAAGGCUGAUACACAGAAAUUGAUGUUGAGCUCAGGGCAAAGAGAGACAUCUUUCUUCUGUCUCUCCUCAGAGGCUCUGUCUUGUUCCUCCAUCCUGCUGUUUGGUUUCGUACGAGACCUCUGGUCACUCUUUCCACAUCUACACCUCUAACCCAGCCAGCUUUCAUUUGCUGUAAAUCAGAACCUGGUGGAAACAUCAAACAGCUGCGACAGGAUGAAUGUACACAAUCUCCAUCAAAAAACUAAAGGAGACAUUUUAAUAGGUAUUGGAGGAAAUGAGUGCUCUUGAUUUGUCUCUGUGCUGUCUCUUUUUGCCAGUGUAUGCAGAGAAGUUUGCAGAGCUUGUCUAAUUUUAUUUUAAGGGCUAUCAAAGAGGCCUCAUUAUUAAUUUGUGGAUGGAAGAGUAUCAUUUUGGUUUAUAAUAAUUGAAUCACAGCUUAAGGACCCUGUGUUUCACUCUUGUCAGCAAAAUCAACAGGAAAACAACAGGAAACUGUAAAAAGUAUGCACAAAACCUCAUGUCCUGAUAGGGCUUUGAUAUCAACAAGUCAUCUUUACUCUUGAAAGAGUUAGUCUUUCAUUGUUUAAUACUGUGCAGGUUAGCAUAGGCACACACCAACCGUAAACACAUGUGCUCAGAAAAAAACUAAGUGAGGCUGCACGUUAUAACUUCAUUUGGUUUCAUAUUCAUAACACUUCCUCAUCCUGUCCUGUGUGUUUGUUUUCAUGCUCUUGGUUUUUCAGAGCAAGGAAAAAGGGCCCUUGGAAUGCAUUCGAGGCAGCAAAGCGCACUCACUAAUUGGCUGUUUUUGUGGUGGCGAGGGUUUUAAAUUGAUCCCCGGAGACGCUGAGGUCACUACCUCUCACUGUAUCAAAGCAAGGGGCUCGACACAGUGUAGUGCUGCGCUGCACUGUAGACCUGUGAUCAAUAAGGAGGCAUGUUAGCAUUCUUCUUUUCUGAGAUUUCAGCGUCUGAUGCUGUUUGUUCCCUUCAACAGCUCAACAUGCAGCAAGCUGAAGUUGAACUGGACUGAAAAUGUCUCCUUAGAUAAUUCAAAGUUUUCCUGUUUGAAUAUUUGAGCAAUCGCUGUCAGAUUUAAUAUUUUACGCUUUCUUUUGAGCACAAUAGCCAAUAAAAUAAAAUAAAAUAAAAGGAUGUUUGUUCAUCUAAGCUUUCAGUCUGAAGGCUGAUGGCUUGUAUCUUAUUUUCUUGAUAUCUGUAAUGCAGAAGAGGUGGAAGUACUGCCUUACUAAUUAAAGACACAGGUCAGCAGCCCACAGUUUGAAAACCACAGUAAAAGAGUAAAAGUGCGGGCUACUUGGGUCUGGCUGAACAAUAGCUGAACUCUAGUAUAAAGUGCUAUAUUUAGCAGAAACUGGGCAAAGAGCAUCAGUCACAUGAUGGAACUGUAAUAGAAUCAGACUGUGUUGUGAUUUGCCAGAUUCAGGCAAGUUAUCAAGGAUGUCCUGCUUUAGACUGUCUUAGAUUAGGGGAUGAUUUGUGUCCUUAAAAAACCCAACUUCAGGCUUUAAAAGUUUUAGAGCUGAGUAUAUAAGUGGCUUUUCAACUUGUAUUUAAGUCCCAAUAAGUUACUGUAACACUUGAAUGCCUUUAAAAUAGGGUUGGAUGUCAUUACAGAUGUAUUUUAAUGAUCUUUCCCGGCCUGUGUUAAUCUUUAUCUUCAGGUGGUACAUGAAGUAUUAAAUCUGUACCUAUAAGGACCUGUCUUUGUUCCAUUUGUAGUGUGUUGCAGAUUUGUAUUAUACUUUUAGUUCAAGCGGUGUUGACCCAUUAUGAGUUAGCAGUGCUGUGGUGUUUGCAGAAAACAAAACAGUCAAAUGCAGAUGCAAAUGUAUCCACCAUCAGUGAGGCUGCAUCUCUGAUGCAUACAAAUUUGAAAGGACACUACCCAUCUUUUCAAUUUAGAACAAUAUACCGAGGACUAUAUGUGCACAGCUAUUGAUAUUAUUAAUACAAGUACAACUCUGUGUAAAAAAAAAAAGGAACCACAUCCUGGAAGGGAACCUGACUGCAUAAGGCAUAACCUAAAACCUAUGUGUAUUAGGUGUGUGUGAGUCCGCUAGGCCAGUGGCACUGUACAUUGUUGACAUACUAGAUUAUGUAUCUGUUAAUUAAGAACAGUAUAUCAACACUACAAUUUUCCAGUAAAAAAAGUGAAAAUGUUGUUUUCUCCUCUUGGGAACACAUCUAACAAAAUUUGCAUUAUUAGUUGUUACAAAUCAGUAUCAGGAUGUUCUUAUUUCAGUAAACGAAAGACACAUUUGUUGUAAGCAACCCAUAAGAUAACACGAUGAUGAAGCCAGAGGGGAGCCAAUGUGUAACUUAUUAUUUACAAAGAAACAAAGACUCGAGAAACAGAUGAACGUGUGCUUCUUGGAGAGAUGUAAUAAAGCAAGAAAUAGAUGCAUUUACUUAGCAGAAAGAACCGGUAAACUUCGCUUUUAAUCUGAACAAACAAUAGCCGCUCAGGUUGCCAGUUAGUUUUCAUGGUUAGUACCACUCGCUGUGAAAACUGUGAGCAGCAUCAAUGUAACUUCUCACCAGAGUGACCUCCAGGGAGAUCAGACUCAGAUCCUCAAGAUUGUUAUUUAGGUUUUGGUCUGUGAUUUCCCUCCUAAAUAUAAAAAUGUUUUCAGUCAGAUUGUGUUUGUGCUGUAGUGUUAACAUUUUCAGUUGUUUGUACAGAUCAGUCAUAUCCUCUCCGUGGGUGCACAGUUUUAGACUCUUGUAACCAGCUGUGUUAGUUCAGGUAAUAGACGGGGCUGUGUGAUUUAGUUUGUUAUUUUUCUUUUUUGUUUUGUUUUUGUAUUAUUUCCAUAAACUGUUGGUAGUAUCAUUAGAAAUAUUGACAGCUUAACUCUGUUUUCUCUUAAUUUUCUUAAAUUUUCUCCCUCAGUGUUUUAUUUGCAGCAUCCAUUCUUUUGAAUAUAGAUUCUUCAGCAGAAAAAUGUUUCCCAAUUACUGUUAGAUCUUCAUGCAUCUGAGUAAAAUGCAAAUAAGCAGCUUCUCAGAUAUUUUAAUCAGAAUUUGGGAUUUUUUUCCCCUUGAAAGAUUGCUUUUUGUUACAUAUGGGGAAUACAGUGUGAUGGCAGUCUGCCUCAUCACUAACGUUUAUGUUAUUGAUGGUGAUUGUGGUAAUUAAGCCACUUUACUCAUGUUGCUUUUGCCGUUUAGUAUUUUGCGUCGUUGCUGUUUAGAGGCAGAUAAUGACUUUGUCUUCCUAUCAAUCACAGCAUUUUAGGUUCAUUAGUAGGCCUGUGACAUAAAAAGAAAAACUGUCAGUGCCAUGCAGCCCUGCACAGAACAAAUGGGCCUACUCAGGAAAUAAUAAUGAUGAAAUAAUGUUGGUGUUGUCGUAAGGCUGUGAUCUCUUUGGUCUGCUCAGAGGAGGUAACACAAAGCCUGUAACUCAUGAAACUGAUUAAGUGCUUUAAUUUAUUUCUGUUUGUGACAUAAGAUUUCUCUUUGAUUUAUAAGCACGCAUUUCAAAGUCAAACACUUCAAAAAGAGGACUGAAGGUUUAACAGCUUGAUUUUAGUGUCAUUUGGAAGUGCAUAUUUUACAGUGUCCCUGUUCCCCCAUGAGGAGUCAAAGAAUUUGUGUCUCAGACGAGGGAUUGUGACGCAUUAUGAAGAAGGGGCUAUUUUUAUUUUAUUCUACUAAUUCAGUUCUUAUUCAUCAACAAUUAUCCUACUUAAUAUAUCUCUUUUGUUCUACUUCACCUACAUUCUCAUGUAAUUUGCUUGCUCCUAAAAUUUGAAGAGAUUUUGCCUUCCCAGGCUGGGGGUUGCUCUCAUGUUUUUCCCUCAAUAUAAAGUUAAAAGGAUUAAAACAGUCUUUUUCAUAAAAAUACAGAGACUAGCUUUAAGAGUGACAUUGACGUCUGUGAGACUGUGUCUUUUCCAUCUGACAGAUCUGCUGAAGAAAGAAAAUCUCAUGCUGGUUUUUUCCACAAGACUUUCAAGAGAGGAUUUGGGGGAGUGAAGCUGCAGAGGAGUUAAAGGUGGAGCUACUGACGUAUCUUGUAUUCUCAAAUCAAAACUCAAUAACAAAGGAGCGCUGCUAAUCCAUUACGUCUAUGAAAGACAGCCCACAAGUACAGUUUCAUGAGCACUGCUGCUUUUUCUUUUCUUUUCAACCUAUUUAGGAAGCUGAAUGGCUGUUUACAGCAACCUUGGUCCUGUGGUUGGUGCUUAAAUUUGAUUCAUGCUGUUUUUGAUUUAACUUCAUAAAAUACCGACUUUUAAACCUCCUUAUACACUAGCUAUCUAUGGAUCAUAAUAAAAGAAAAACAUUCGAGAUAUAUUACUUUGACUUGGCCUUCAGAUCAAGACUUUUCACCAGUUUCUGACCUUUAAAGAUCCAACUAUUGAUCAGUGGACAGAGAAAAUGUUAGCUCAGAGAAUCCUUGAUAAAAAUUAUUUGGCUUUAAGCACUUUGAUUUUCUUUUACACAUUCACCUAUAACAGCUUCUUCUAUAUUUCAAGUAAACACAUGAAAAGUAUUGAGCUUUGAAAUAAUGUACAUGUAGGUGUCUCUUCAAGUUGAACCAAACGGUCAUCCUUCCCAGUUUCAGAAGUUUUAGAGCCUUUCAGUGUUAAAAAAGAAGAUUUGAUCGUGUUUAAAAGCAGAUUGAAUAGUUUUAACUGUACUAUUUUCCCAUAUAAACUGGAUGGACAGUGGUGGUAAAAUGAUCAUUAUAAAAUGUUGUUAAUGGUGUUUCUCCCUUGUGAACCGAUUCUGUCUGUCAAAUUUAAAAAGGACAGACUUUGUUUUGAUCUUUUUUUAGAUUUUGUAAAUCCAGAUCUACUUCCUGUAGAAGAACAUGGUUCAGUUUGUACUUUUUAAGUCAAGUAUUAUUACGUCUCAGCCCCAAUAUGACUUCAUGCAGAGUUUCAUGCCGCAUAGCAAACAGAAAUAAAGGCGUGUAACAGAGUAUGAAUACUGAAUCAAAGCUUGGAUGUCACAUUCAUCAGUUUGUUGUUUACAUAGGAAGCUCGUUAAAUUGAUAUUCAUAUUGUACGUGAGAAUAAAAUAAGCAGAUAUAACGGCUGUGUCAUUGCUUACAAAUGCAGUAGAGGCAUCUUCCUGCUGCUGUCUGUCAUGAUUUCUUGAUUUUUGGCGGGUUUUUUUGUGAUGUUGAGCUUAAGGCCUCAUCGAUGUGGCAGCUCAGUUCUCCAGGGUUUUGGGAAGCUGUGUGACUGUUUCAUGACAUGGCCCCAAACAUUGUCUUUACAAACAAACGUCUGUCUGCCAAGGUGGGCCCUGAAACUACAACAGUGACCAUGAAUUAUUCACACAGGACACAGUGUGUGUGACUUAACACAUGCUCUAAAUAAAUAUUUAACUUCUGUACUUAAACAGACCUUUUCCUCACAAGACAUUUCAGGAACAAAAAGAGAUUUCACUGAGCCGCCGUGAAUAUUAGACAGAAAAUAAAGAAAUUAAAGUUCUCUGUCAGAGGAGAUGUUUCAUCAUCCUUAUGAUUGGGAACGUUGGUGGUUACCGACAACUUAAUCCUAUUUUCUUUUGGGAGAGCGAUGUCACAGAAGUGUAUCUCAUCAUUGUUACAGGAGAAGCAGCUUUGCCAGUUGAACCAUCUCUCCUGAUUUCCUCAGCUUCCUUCAGUCUUCAGAGGCAGUCUGCUGCUCAGACGCAGAGCAACUGUCUCCUGAAGGACUGCUCAGAUAAGCACAAGUGAAUUCUCUCAGAUGUGCCUCAGUUCAGCUGCGCUUGUGGAAGCAACGUUCAGAUCAGUCAUUGUGUAACGAAACAUCAGGCCUAUGCAAGUUUUUACCUCACAAAAAGAUAUUUACCUUUUCCCCAGAGUAAACAGAAUUUAGUUCCAGCGCUUGUGUCUGUGUUUGUAAUAUUUGGAUGUCUGACAAAAAUAAUGUACGAUGCUGUUAAAGUUAUUCAUCAUCCUCCCUGAGGAGCUCUCGCUUUCUGUUUGUUUGUUUUUACAGCGGAGUGAAACUGCUGAGUGUGGAUGUUGUGAUGUGUAUGAUUCAUGUGUGUUGCACUGUAAGUUUUAUUUUCCCCUUAUGGCUGUUUCCUUUGAGGUGUAAAAAAAAAACAGAUCUGACAUUGAUAGAAGGACUGCCCAACAAAUACAACUUUAUCAGUCAUUAAGCCACUGAAAAGUUUUUGGAUGCAAAAGUACAGAAUUUGAGGUUUGUCAGAGCAACGUAACUUAGAGAACAGAAAAAAAUCCACUUUUUAACACAUUAUGUUUCUCUCUAAGGGUUUAGUACAUUAAAUACAUGGAAUCCAAACAUAUUGAGGCACAUGUCUGUGAAUCACAGCAGUAGAAAUCUAAGGUCAUUUGGUGUUUCUGUUUUAGAAGCUCAGAUAAACUGCACAUUUGGUCAGAUAGAUGUCAGUCAGACGCUGUCCCCCCUUCCUUCCUCUCUUGUUUGUCUCCUGCCAAAAUCAAAUCAUGUAAAAGUAGAAGAUGGAUAAAACUGAAUGACACCAACCCAAACAGAGGUAUUUAAUGAAGUACACAAAGAUUGACCUUUGGGAUGUACAAAUGGCAUUUCUGAGUGCGUAAAAACACCUUUGCUUUUGUCCCUAAGGAGAAAAACUGUUCUACAGCAAACAUUCAGACUUUCCCUGUUUACUCGUCUAAUCUUUUUUGUGAUUGUUUACAUAUUUGGACCUGUGAUAAUUUUCUGCAUGAUCAGUACAACUUACAAAAACAUCGAUUGUUUGCAUGUAAGAAACAAGCAUAUUUUAACAUGUUAGUAAUGAAUCGUUUCAACUUUUAUGCACAGGAAAUCAUUCUGAAUAAUAUCAGUAAGAUGUAAGGACAGUGUGUUGUUUUUCUUAUGUGUCCUGUACAUUUAAAAUAAAGCUAUCUCAGGCAGUCCUUGUUUGUGAUACUGACAAGUUUUAAGGCCCUCUAAAUGUUUUUAAUUGAUGCAACUGGGCUGGUCAGUCUGCCUUUUUAAUGACCAAACUGAGAAAGCUUGUAUUGGUGAAGGGGAUCUCAACUAUGAAUAAUAAUUCAGUAUAUGUGACGACCUGUUUUAUUGUACACAAACAUUGAUAUAUCUGAAAAAUAUCCAUUUAGGUACAAAAAGGAAUAAUUUCAUAUAUUUUAUUUUCAUUUUUUAUGUGAAAAUGAAGCUUUAAGUACAUCAUAAUUUAAUAUGCUGAAUAUGUGUGCCUUCAAGAAUUAGACAGAGGACAAUAGUUUUGAAUGUGCUCUCUACUUUUCAACAGGUAAAUCAGAGAGGGCUCAAUUUCUUGGCUUUGGGAGGGAUCCUGGUGCAUCCGGCUGCCAGGUGAGUUUCUCAUCAGUCAUGUUACCCCCUGCUGCUUUAAUCGCUGAAGCCAAGUGCUGGUUUGGUAUUUUUCAGAUCAAGAAUCUAUUUAUAUUGUGCGACAUGUGUAUGCUCAGCAGACCAAAAAGAAGUAUUACCCCUUCUAAAUUUUGACACUCGUCUGGAGGAUUCAUGAGGAAAACAUAAUGACUCUCCUGAGUUCAGGUAUAGAGAGUGAUCAGGUUCUUCACAAGACUGAAUGUCUCUCUCUAGUUAGACGCUUGUUGUCUUCUCUUUGUAUAAUGGAGUUUUAAGGAUGUCAUGCCUGAAUGUAAUCAAGGUUGGAUCACUCUUAAUCUCUCCUUCUCCAUCUAAUUAAAUCCUGUAAACACCAAAAACUCAUCAGUCAGGAUUUCGCCUCUGUUACUAUCAUAGCCUUAUCCACUGUAUAUUCCUUUUGUUGGCUUUGUAGGGAUUUGAGAACUGACUUAAAAGAUUCUAGUUUGUAUGAGUCCAAGAUUUAAAAAGAUAAAAACCCAAAUUGAGUUUUGAAAUUUUGAACAUUUGGGAGCCAAAAGGAUCCCAGAAGCCUUUUAAUUCAGAAAAAGAGUCUGAGGCCAAGUCGAGGAGCCUCUGUCACUAUUAGAAAUGGAUUUAUCCCCAAUACAAUUCUGCUUGAAAGGAUUUUGGCCUUUUCAUGCUGGACACUUCGUAAUCACAAAGAGAUAAAAACUAAAGAUAAGAUAAAGCAAAAAUUGAAGGAGGUCGUCUCAUCUUUAUAUAAACAGUUUUCUGAGGGAAUACUGUUGAAACAAUUCUGAGUGGGAGCUGCAGGGAGAUAUUUACACAUCUGCAGCUGCAGAUCAAUUGACAGGAAGUCCUUACAAUCAGCAUCUCUCUGCAGCAAAUCUCAACAGCGUAUGAUAGGAAGAGGAUCAACAACUUGAUGAAAAUAAAUGGCCUUAAACUAGCGAAUGACUUACAAAGCAAAGUAUUUUGAACGGCUGAGUAUUUUCAAUCUGACAUCGCAGUGCAACCUUUCCUUCUGUGUUCUGUUGAGUAACUAAAGAAGACAAAAGAUCCAGUUAUUUACUUGCAACAAGGCAGGUAGUUCUGUUCAGUUCCUGAGCAUCCUGACCUACAAACUGCCUGAUGUGGCACGUGACUCCUGAGGCUUGGAGCAGAGCCCCACUGUGGGGGUUUUUCAGACUCUGACUUAGUGCUCAGGUGAACCCUAAAUGAGCUGCAAAUAAUUUAACAUUUCAGAUCGGAAUUGCAGCAUAUCAUUGUCACACAGUGACUUUCUAAGAUGCAUGUAAUUUGUAAAUUAGUGUAAUCUGAAGUUGCAGUUGUUUUGAGUAAAUAGCACUUAAUUAAGAUUUGUACACAGAGGUCUGAGAGAGCGUCCUCAUCCUCAUCUUGAUGAUAAAGUCAAAGAGGGCUGAGCCGGGUUUCUGCACAGAUUUUUCUCUCUCUGAACAAAGAGGCAGCAGAAGUGGGUCUGUUUUACCAUGUGAAUGCUGUUGCACUAUGUCAGAUCUCUAUUUUUAUAAAACCUGAUUAUUUCUCUUUUUUUUGUGAUGAAUUUGUGUAGCAUUGUCCCUAACAGCUUUUUCCUGACCCACAUUUCAGAUCAGACAAAAUAAUCAUCUUUCUUUUGUAAUACCUUUGAUAUUGUUACUAGAUUGAGUUUUUUUGGAUUGUUUUGAAUGUGUCAGAACGUGUGUCGGAUUUAUCAAUCAGGAAUCAAAGCUGUUAGAAAGGUUACUGUGUCAAUCCCCACAGAGGUGUAAUCCUGUAAAGGGGUUUCCAAGAGGGCACGUGAGGCCUGUCCUUAAGCCAGCUACUACACACUGGCCUCACAUGAUCCCUGCUCUGCUGGUCUGCAGCCGAUUACUCUAAUUAGACCAAGUCCUUAAUUGGCCUCUUAACCCAGUUUGUCAGGGUUGUUGAGGUUGAAAAACGUUUGAGAUAGGAUGUAGCAGACGGGUUUAAAAAAGAUUUAUUACUAUGGAUGUGCAUUGAAUUUCCCGUCAGAGAUGAAAAAGGUUCUUCAUAUCUUAUCUAGCAUGUUUAACAAAAAAUGACAAAAGCCAUAUCCUGAUAAAUUCUGAUGUGUAAUUUGAAGAUGACUGUUUGGUUGUUUCGCCACACACAACUGAAGUAAACACAUUACAAAGGAGCUUGAUCAUUUACUUGAGUUACAGCAUUCUCGUGUUUGUUCUCUCUUCCAGUCCUCUGUGAGGCCGGACAUUGGGUUAGCCAGUCCAAGUCCAGUGACUCCAUCAGGGAAGUCAGCGGCGCCGUUGUACUCUUUCACUGCAGCCAAUCCUAGAAGACGUUCUCUACAAGAUGCUCCGCCCAUCGGUUAGUGCCACUUAUAUCAUUAUAGAGGAAAAUGACUUAGAUUUGUAUUUUUAUUUGAACAUAUACCAGUUUUCUUAAAGUCAGUUGUUUUUCAUCAUUAACAAAUGUUCUUCAUGCAGUUCUGAAAUAAAACGAACAUAUUCAGUGACGCUUAAGCUUUGCCCCUGAAAGAAAUGAUCACUAAACGAUACAGUGGUAAUAAAAUUCGGUAACACUUUAUUUGACGCCUAUCUCUGUAACACAUUUUAAAUACAUGUAUAAUACGUUAUAAUCAUGUUAUAGUAUUGUAUGACUAUAGUUAUAAACACUCAUACAUGAUCAUAAUUCUUUAUAGCAAUAAUCAUAACACAUUAUAAAGCAUUUUAUCAUGACUUACAAAGUCAGGUAUUAUAAUGUGUUAUAACUGUUAACAACUCACUGACAAUGCCCACAUAGAUAAUGCAAUGCAACUGUUGUUCACAGUUAUAACACAUUAUAAUACCUGACCUUGUAAGUCAUGAUAAAAUGCUUUAUAAUGUGUUAUUAUUAUUGCUUGAAAGCAUUAUGAUCAUUUAUGAGUGUUUAUAACUAUACUAUUAUACAGUGCUAUAACCUGAUUAUAACACAUUAUAAAUAUAUGUAUAAUGCGUUAAAGAGAAAGGCGUCAAAUAAAGUGUUACCUAAAAUUCUUCUUGGUACAGCGAUGUGGACCGAUGUUGGUGUAUGUAUUUUGAAACAACAAUAUUAAAUCGAAAUAAUGAUUGACUUCAAAAUUGUGAUCAUCACAGAACAAUGCCACACUGUAGAGAUUUGGGGGGGGGGGGGUUAUUGUAGCUUAUUCAGAACACCUUCUUUGAUGCCUUUUUUUUUGUGAACAAAUAGACGUGCUUUCAUCUCUCCACAGAUCCUCUACAAACAAAAAAGGUUCGCAAGGUCCCUCCUGGCCUGCCUUCAUCUGUGAGUGGAAGAUCAUCUACCUCUCAUAUAAAUAGAUUUCACAGUGAGCUGACUUCAGCAGACACACACACACACUCACACUCAACACUUACACACAGAGCGCUCUUGACUUCACGACGGCAUCACUUGACAUCACAACCGGGAAUUCUCUUGUUUUUGUGGGCCGUGUUGAGCAGUGGCAUGGGGGUGUCUAUUAAUUCAGAGAGUUCUGCUUUUUAAUAUUGGCUGUUUACAUGCUCCUUUGUUUAUAUGUGUGUGUUAGAGUCUUUUUAGACCACUCUUUCUGACAUUUUUUUAUGCGUGCGUGUCUGUGCGUGUGUAUGCAUAUACAUGUGCACCUCGAUGUGAUUGAUUUUUCAGUGCUGCCCUGUCACAGUGCAGCCUCCUCACAGCCUCUCCUGGGAGAGAGAGAGGCUGUCAGAGUGGAUCCCUAGCUCUGCCCUUUUGAUGUUUAAUUAGUCAUUACGUAGCCAAACAGGAGGACAGACAAAGAUUAAUAGCACAGAAUAUCUGAAAUUUCUAUUGGUAAUGAUCCCAGUGGAGCAGAAACCAUUAGGAUGCAGAAAAGAGAGGAGCUCAGCUUGCAGUUGCUUAGACAGGGGGUGCUGGAGUUCAUUAAUAUGCAUAAAUCACUAAGUCAGAUGUUCAUUGUUAAAACCCUGGUGGAUUGGUAAAGGUUUUAUUAAUCCUUGCCUUAAAAUCAGAGAAAAGGUUUAGGAUAUGAAUUGUUUUCUCUCUCAUAGAAGAAGCAACUGGUUUACCUUUUUCUUCCUUAAACAAUAAAAGGGUUUUCUUUUUUUCCUUUUCGGUGAGGGAGUCUGAGACUGGAUUUGCUUCUCAGAGCUUUGAUAAUCGUCACCUCUGCUGCUGUUCCUCUGAAAUCAAAUAUGGAACAGGCUGCGGAACAUAAAAGGCUGGCAUGUGUUUUGUUUCUGGAUUUGUGUUUGAAAAGAAGUUUGUCAGUGUGUGAGGGAAAGACGCAGCGGCAGGAACGUGCGUUGCCUUCCCUCUUAAGUAAGUGAUAUAUUUGAGGUCUUGUCAGAAGGAGGGAGAGAGGCGAAGAAUGGCUGCCUCACGGGUUACAUCUCUUUGUUGUGUAAAUGGACGCUGGGCUUUUAUUUGUCAGUACUUAACACAUGGGCGCAGGUGCGGUUCUGUGACUCAUAAGAGUACUAUCAAGUGGUACAAUGCAGGAUGGGGAAAAACAGUGACAGAGCAUAGGAUAAAAUACAGCUUCUUCUUGUCACUCAGUGGUGCUCAGGAGAUAAAGCCUGGAGCUUGGAGGAAUUAUCCCCGUUAGUCUUUGAUCCCAUUUGAAAGAAUAAAGAUGGUAGUGUUGAAUACAGGUCUAUAGGUCUCCUUUAACCUGCUGACGAGGAAAGGAAAACAUAAAGCCAGGUUUUUGAUAGGUGGUAAAUGUGGAAAUGUAUGAGUGGGAGGUUGUCUGGCAGCUUUUAAGAGGUGUUGGUAUCAGACUGAUGGUGAGCAGAGGUGAUGUUUUAACUAUUGAAUGGUGUAAAGAGCUUCUCGUGGCCUCUGAUAUGUGUACACUGGCUCUUGCAGAAUGUGAUAUUGCAUUUAUGAAUAUUGCUAUCAUCUAAGACCCAUGUUGGUGUCUCUAGCAGCAAAGGUGGUUGUAAAAAAGUGUUGAGGGGGAAGGUGCACCUGGAGUCAGAGCUACAUUGCCCGAGGCAGCUGUGUGAAGAGCCUGCAGCAUACCUGUACGACAUAAAUGCAGCUGCAGACACCACUGAAAGCUUUUGCUUGUGUAAGCAGGCGUGAGAGCCCCACCAGAGACCUGAAUAGCUGCCUGAUUUAAAAAAAAUCAACACAACGCUUCCUAUCAUUAUGUCUACUGCUGGGAAUUUUCUUAUUUAUUUAUUUUACUCCCAAAUCUCCCUUUUCCCUCCCCGAGCUUGUAUUCUUGCUCCCCAGUCUAAAAAUAAAUGUAAGAGUUUUAAAUCAUUUGGGCAGAAUGAGACGCAAGUCCAAGCAUGAUGUGUGUUUGUGUGUGUGUGUGUGUGUGUGUGUGUACACUACAUGAUGGAGCUGAAUCAAAAUAUUUACGGGAGCACAUCCUGUGUGCAUUUAGGUUUUGACACUGCAGAGCUCCAGGAUGUGAAGGCUAUCUGGACAGGCCAGCUGCUGAUUGCAAACAUUUAAAUGUUUGUAGGUUCUUUUCAAGUUAUAUACAGACACACUCCUCUCUGAGCCACACACACGCUCUCUGGAUGUGUGCCGCUCGCAGACACUGGAUACCGCACAUGUGAUUGUUAGUGUAAGAUGUAUAAGUAAUACUUGCCAUUAUUUGACAUAUUGUUUAUACUAGCUUUUCACUUUUCUCUCUACAAAUGCAGAAUGGGAACUUUGAAAAAAUUGUAAACUUUGUUGACAAAUUUGUCAGUGGGAAAGAGAAACAUCCUUACAGCGCUCUAGUGUGACAGCUUUCCUUUUUAUUUUUGCUACAGUAGACACCUUGGCUAUAAUUGGCUCCCUGCAUUAUUUGACUGUAUAAACCAAGCACUGAGAGCGAAGGACAGAGCGUGUUGUCAUUGGACAGACAGGCGGCUGCGCUGAGGGAUGCUGAUGGGCAGCUGCGUGGGCACCUGUCUGACAGGAGGACUGAAGACGGAGAGGGAGAGAGAGAAGGGGGAACGGGGGGGUUGUGGCUUGUGGGGGAAAGUUGCAUCUUGUAGGAUAUUUAUGGGAGGCUGCAAGGGCAUGGUGUGUAUGUGUUAUGUGUGUGUGUGUGUCAGUUUGUUUGUGUAAGUAGUGUUUUCUUUCCCCCCUACAAACCCCUUGUCAGAAGCACUGCGGCUCGAUGUGACACUUCCUACCUGGCUUUGGUGAUGAUAUGGCUGCAGGAUGAGAGAAAGAAAGUGGUGGGCAGGGAUUCAGCUCCCCUCGGGGGCUUUUGCAAGCGAGAACCCUGAGUGUGGAUGACAAAAUAGAUUGACAUUUGCUUUUGACAGAUCACUCAGACACCCUUGUUUCUGAGAGAUUUGUACUGUGCGCACUGCAAGAAAUGAAGUCUGCUCUGGGCUGUGAAUCUUAAGACCCAGAAAUGUUCCUCGCAGUGCUGUCUAGUGAAUGACAUUCAGAUGAUGUUCUGUCUUUCUAUGUGCAUCUGUCUUUAACGAAUCAAAGACAACAGAUCGGAACGUGGUACUACAAAAGUAACCCAGUGUCCCGUUGUGCUGAGGAAGCUGCUCCUUUUUUGACUUCUUUGAACCACAGAAGGCUAGAACAAAGUAACAAGGUUUGAUGAAUCGACUGUGGAUGAAAUGCAUUUAUAAAGCUCUAAGUAAACAUUCAGUCUUGGCCUUUAAAGUCUGUCUGCAAAAUCAGAUAUUGGGUCCAUCCUGCAGAGUUAUAAAUAUUUGCACAAGUUAUAUUUUUCUCUUUGACAUUCUGAUCUGGAAUUCACAGACAGAUGCACUAAGUGCGCCUUUUGGGGCGGUUAUAGAGCAAAGACAAGCGCAGAUGAUUGUUUUUGUGACAUCUUAUGAAGAUUCUCCAAAAAACAUUUCAUUGUGUGGUGAUGGCACCACAGACAGAGUCCUGUGUUACAGUCUCGUAUCGCUAAGAUGAAAAACAAUGAAGCAGGCAGGUCAGGAGAGGACACAUUUUGUGAAUAAUGAGGCCAGCACAAUUUCUACAGGCAUUUCAGACUUUCCAAUACACAGAGGAUUUCUGUCUGCAUUUCAUUUGUCAGUUUAGCAAAACGACUGAUUACUUUGUAUAUUCUUGAAAACUUAAGAUUCUCUUCCUGUGUAUUAAUUUGGUGUGUGUAAAAAAAUCUGUUGUGAGUUUGUAUCAGUAAUUUGUUUUAAAUCUUAAGAAACGAUUUUUGUGUGGUUUUGAUUUCUGCUGAUCCAAAAACUGUUUAAACAACUGCAGGACAGAUUAUAACCACCCAAAGUCAAAAACCAUCCUUUUGAUUCUCAGUUUAAGAUAAAAAAUGUUUCUUUUCAGCUCUAUAGAAAUAAUGUGAAUGUUGUGAAAUAAGUACGUUUUUGUAGAGUAAGUUUUGUUGAGUAGGCACAUUCAAGUAAAGAAUUUUAAUGAUCUAAGUGCUGGUUUUCCUUCAGCAUAUUUUAGCUAUCUUUGUGUGUUUUUAUUGUCAGUAGUUGUUGAUCUGUCAGGCUUUUGAAGGAAUUUUGCAUUUGUUCUGUAAAUAAUUUAGAUUUAGUUUUGAGUGUGUGCGUGUUUGUGUGGCUUACUUGAAUCUAUAUGGGUUUUUAAUAUAAAAAUGUUCUGCUUUUUGCAGUUUUUCAGUAGAAACAUGACUGCAUCAGUCUCAGUCAUGCAUAUAAAAAUUGCAUAACAUAUGUAUAUAGAUUUAGAGGGUUUAUAACACCAUUCUGUUGUGUCUGUUUUUUGCAUGUGGGAGGUUUGUUUGCAGGCUACAACAUUUUAGGCUCUGACCCAGCCUCAGUUUGUGAGCUCCCCAGAGACUUAGCCUCAUCAGAUGGUUGAUUAGAUAGACACCCUCAGUUUGACAGGGAUGAUGCUGAACAGUCACAGCCACCCCUGGGACCAUGGGCCUCGUGUUUAUCUUUGUUUGGGUUGUUGAAAUUUACCACUGACAUUAGAGGCUGCAGAUAAAAGAGCAGGCAAACAAGCCAGAGGCCUGACCUCUUUCAUGUGCGAGGAGAACAAGGAGUUAAAAGGACAAAGAGCAGGAAAAUAAUGCACAGAUUAAAGUCAUUACUCACAUUGUGGCCUGUUGUAAAUUAUUCAUGUAGAGCUUGCGUGAGUCUCCAGCAUUAAUGCAAACCUUGAUUUUUAGAUUACUGGCAGGCCCAAGAAUAGAGGCUGUCAGCAUUUACCAAGGUGGAUGUUUGUUAUUUAGAAACAUCUAAACCAGGCUGAUGCUACACAGAAAAACACAUCACUGCACAACAUAAAGCUUUUAACUUCAGGACUCAGCUGCAGGUCAGGGGUCACGUACAAUGUGAUGUCUCAGAGAUAAGUCACACCAGUCCACUGUAAUAGAUAGAGAGGGUGAAUAUCCUGUUUAUACCAAACAGUGUGUGGAAUCAGCUUAGGGCUGACUUAAUCGUUAAAUAAAUUCAGUUGCACUAAUUUAUUAUCAUUUCAUGAAUGAGAUCCUCUGAUUUUGAUUCUUCUUGUUGUAUAGCUACUAAGCCCAUAAUAAUUUGGUAAACUGUAAAUGGACUGUUGUCAUGUUGUGUUUCUUUGGUCCUCUGACUACUAAAAGUGCUUUUACAUUUCAAGUCCCACCUAUUCACACUGCAUUCAUACACUGUGUCAGAGGCUGGUUUUUAAGUCCCCCGUCAGUUUGAAAUAAUCCCAUUUCCACUCUUCAGGGUUACAAAAAGUCAGGAUAGUUGGAGGUUAAGUGUCUUGCCCAAGGGCACUUUGGCAUGUGGAUAGCAGGACAUGGGAUCGAACUCCUGGCCUUCUGUUUAAAGGACGACUGACUGCUGAGCCACAGCACCACUGAUUUCAAAAGCAGAAUCCAAGUGUUAGACAGAUCCCAUCAGACAAUUACAGCUCAUAAUGUCUGUAUGUUAGUGGAUCCAUUCAAGUGUCAACUUCUUAGAGAUCCUUUUUCAGUUCUGUCUGACUUAGAUAGUUUAAUCAACAUUUGUAAGAGGUAUCUGAAGAGCACUACUGUAAGCUACAGGUGCAACUGGUAAGAAAAUUCACUCAUUUAAACAGAGAAAACAAAAAAAUUCUGUUGUGGUGGACUCUCAUUUGCCUGUGCGGUCAAACACAAGAGAAAAGAAAAGAAAAUCUGUUUUUUUUUUUCAUGAAUACACUUAACUACGAUCUCAGGAGCAUUUUCAUGUAGUGUGUUUGUGUGUUUUGUAUUCCAAGCUUGUUUUACAACCAAUGAGAUUAUUGAUAAAAAGAGCUAUGAUUAAACAUUUUUGAACACAACUGUGGGGACAUACUUUCAAACCUUUGGUUAUCUAUAAAAAAUUUGACAUUUUCUAAUGGCUUUAAGAAGAUCUGAAAAAGUCUUAUCUUUAACUCGAUCAACACUGCUGAAAGCUUGAAUUAUGAUUGUUUCAUAAUCAGUUCAUUUAUGAUACAGUCGGGGGUUUUAGAGGAUGGGGGUCUGAAUCCCUUGUGUAUUCACCCCCCUUUCUCCGAGUCAGCCCCCUCUAAUUAGAACCAGAACUCCUUACAGGAAACAAUCUUCCUGUCUGAUGACAUCAUCACUAAAUCCAUGAGUGAGGCGGGAGUGACCUCAGCCUGGGAGAUUUGCUCCAUGUUUUUCAACACCCAUUUUUAAAUAAAAUCUCAUCCUGCUUUCUCUAAAAAGCCGAAGGUUGAGCUCACUGCUGUGAAAAAUGGUAAAAGGCUGCUUGCCUUGGAAACUGUAAUAUCAAUUAAAGCAGUUGGAGUUCAGCUGUUUUGAAAUUAACACUAGCUUUAUGUAAGUUAAGGUUUCGUUAUGCGGUGGUUAUGCUAAAUAGAAUCCUGACAGGGUGAGGGUUUGUGUCUGGGGGUUUGUCACUCUCAUUGUUGCUCUCAGGACGCCAUCAGCCACCAGAGAAUAGCUUUGAUGUAGUCAGCAUGAGAGUAUAAACCAGGUUGAAGCCUGCAACAGCAUAGCUAAGAGCUGAUCCAAGCCUGGGCCAGCCCUAAGUUAGGCUUUUUCAUAAAGGUAAGGUUUCAGCCUAGAGAGGGUACCCGCCCCCUGGACCCUGACUGGUAGAUAAUACGACUUUUAGGAGACUCUAGAUCUGACUGCAUGCUGGGUGUGCAGUGUCCCAGGGGGGUCUUUGGCACUAUUAGCUCUUUAAGAUAUAAUCAAAUCUCACCAUUUAGAUGGGUUGACAGAUUUUUGGUCUUGUCUGCUUUUGUAAGUCAUUUUGAGCCAUCACUAUUAAUCAUUUUCAGAGUGUUUGGAUUAGAUUCAUGUUGAAAUCAGUCUUUUCUAUGACUUUUAAAUAGAUUUGUGGAUGUAUUUUUCAGAUGAGUUGAAUAUCACUGUCACUGGUCCAUGUUGAGAGGCUGACCAAUUGAGCCAAUCUACAGUAACUAACAUUUUUUUCAGCCCUAGCAUACCCCUGCCUCUUUCUCUCAUGUGUCUGACUGCUUGAAAUCACAUGUUCUGUAAAAUCAGUCCUCCUCUUUAAUCUUAAAACUCUAAUUAAAUGUAUAUAUUUGAAUCAUAAUCUGAUUUAAGUCCUAGACAUAAUCGUCAUGUGUCCUGCAGAGUCUGUAUUAAAAGAAUUGGGCUAGCAGAGUACUGAAUCACUGGGAAGAUAUGUGUUCAUCAUUUCUCGCUGCUUUCAUGUGUUUUUUCUUGUGACUCUGUGCGGUGUGUCUGGACUUGUUUUGGAGCCCUUCAAACACUUCUAUCAUUACCAGUUUUCCUUAAAGCAUCAACUUGAAACAGUGCCAGAUUUAAAUCAGUAACCGCAUGUAGAGCCAGUGUUUUUGGCCCAGUUUGAAAGAGUCCUGGAGAAGAAAGGGGGAUAAAUAAUAACAGCACUAAAAGGAAAAGCAUAAUAAAGGCCUAGUUUUCUUAGGGAAGUGGAAGCUUUCAUCUUUCUAUAACAAUAAUGUUCUCAAUGAGUCUGCAGGCCUGUGUUUAGUCCAGGAAGCUUGGAGUGGUGGAGAUGAAAGGGAUCCAGUCCUGACUGUACAGACCGGCCUCUCUCUGGAAUAUGCUAUCUAUCCUUUCUUCCUCCCCUUUCUUCUCCUCUCCUUUGCUCCCCCCUCCUCCCCACAUGAUAAAGGUAAUGGGGAGCUGUGUGGCUCGCAGUGAACGUAAACCAUGGCAAAAUGGCUGUCGUUGUUUGGUUCCCCCCAACCUCCCUUCCCUCCCUCAUUUCUCCCCCCUGUCUGAGGCCCCCGGGGUUUAGGAAAUGGAGCAUUAUUUUCAUGUUCCUACGUCACGAGCCAGCCCCUUUGCAGCUGUUGCAUGCUUCACAACUCUGUGUUUACAGCCACUUCUCAGCUACAGGUCUUACUCUGCCAGCACUGAGACUAACAUAUUUCACAUUAAUAAAUACACUGCUUGUCCCCCUUUUCCCCUCUCACUUCCGGGGAUUUGAUGUAUGCUUUACAAUUUUUUUCCUCCCAUAUCCUCAGCCUUCAUUUUCUCUCCCUCAAGACUCUUAAUUGUUGAGUGAGCCAUGUGUGGGAACAGGUGAAAUGUGUUGCCAGAUUGCUAACGCUAUAUUUUACCUCCCUGCAUGCCUGGAGACUCAUUUAAUCAUCACAAAAACAAAAAGAUUAGACACUUGGGAUUAAAAUGUGUAGAGCACUUACUCAUGCACUCAUUUGCUCUCCCUUUAAUUACUCAUAUUAAUGUUUUAAUCCUUCUUAGGGUGAAAUUAUUUUAGUUCCAGUUUGUUGGGGUUCCCCCUGCAGAAAAUCUUCAUUUUUUAGGCCUGAAAUUAAUUUUAUUUUCUCUCUUCCCUCUCCCUCUCUCUCUAAAUCCGCUCACACAUUUGUUUUCUGUCCCGCCCACUUCCCUUUAUCUUCCCCUUACCUCCCCCUCCUCCCCAUCUCAUCCCCUUCCCCGUUGUCCCUUUUCCUCUCUGCCUCAGCACUCAGAGGCUUAAGAGAGGGACGUACCAUCUGAGCCACUCCCUUCUGACUCCCACCCCUCUUCCCUCGCCAUGCAAUGGUAUAAUCCUGCUUUGCAUAAGUUUCCUCUGAGUGGGUCGUGUGUGGAGGCCAGGACUGAGAAUUAUUAGUCUCUUUUGAGCGCUUUGGAUGUAUGUGUAGAGAAGGCUGGUGUGCUGCUGUUGAGUAUCUUUAUCACUGAAAUAGUUAAAGCUAGAAUGUAUUGCGCCUACCCUGUCCCUGGAAUGGGCAGUAACUCUUUAAUGUAUUACUACAACGGGAAAUCGGUGAGUACUCUCUUUGGGAAUGUGUGUAUUAGAGGAAGAAGAGCUGGAAGAAGUGUGUGAGUGUGUACUCUGCCUGUCCCCUAACUGUCUUUGUGUCAAUAAUUGUAGUUUUUCAGUUGAAUCAAGAUAAAGCACUGUGCUCCUGUGUGUGUGUAUGUGUGUGUGUGUAUGUGUGUGAGUGUCUGAAUGCAUGUGCCUGAGGGUUCUCUCCCCCUGAUUUUCCAUGACAUCAGUUAAAGCUGAGUGACUUUGUAAUUUAGUAACACAAAACAACUGUCUUAACUUUUACACUUGUGCAACUUUUGUACCUCAUCUGUGAACAAACUAGUGAGCGCUCUAGACAAAAAUCAUUGUCAUUUACAAACUUUCCCUCACACACAGAAUGAAACUGCACUGUGGCACGAAAAGUUUUUUUGCAGCCUUGAAUUUAUUUUUACUGGCUGGGUGCUUGAGCUCCGAGACGGGGCUGAAAUAAUAACAAGUGGGAGUCUGGGAAUGAUUAAGGGAAAGAGGCUGCCUGUUGAGGUUAGACUUUCCUGUUUGCAGAUUGAGCUCCAAGCACCAGUGUUGCUGUUAUUCCAUCUGUUUUUAAUCACAUCGGCAUUCUUCACACCACAGGGAGCUUAAUGUGAUUUCUGAACUUCUCUGUAAUGACCUCUUUGAUUUCUGUUAGUUUGAAAAUGUUGUCUACUCAAGAACGCUUUUAGUUCCUAAAUCUGUGAACCACUGUGUGUGUGUGUGUGUGUGUGUGUGUGUGUGUUGCACUUGGACUUGGUUAGGAUUUACAGUUCUGAGUAAGGAUAUUGAUUUAAAGACAGGUUGUGUUGAAAACAGUUUUAAAAGACAUGAAAUAAAUCCUCCUGUUUCUUUGAUGGUCAAAGUCAUCAUCAACGCUCCUUCAGGCGUAUGAAUCUGUGUGAGGAUGUAGUUUUGAAAAGGCUAAACAAGAUCUGUUGUGAGUGACAGUAAUCCUCAAGUAAUGAUCCUGUCAUAAGCAAAUUACACAGGCGGAUUUCCACCUGCCUUUGCAUGUGCUGUUUUUGCUAUUACAUAAAGGGCACAUAAAGGAAGAAUGAAGCCUGUUUUUAUGAUGCUGUAUUGAAAAGGUCAGCCUACUCAAGCUUGUGUUUUAAUUUUCUUAAACCCGCGUUUCCUCUUUGUUCCCUCUACACAUAACGGAGACUUUGAUCUUUUGAUAUAAAGUAUUAACAGGCUUGUGUUACAGUUUGUGAUGGGAAGAAAAUUGAUCACAUGUGGACAAAACGGGCAAACUUUAUGAUCAAAAGCACUCGUUAAACUAGCACCAACUUUUUUCCCUUGUUUUUCAUGCUAAGAAAAAAAACAUGGUGCCUAACAUUUUUUGCAUCUAUUCGAUCCACACUAAUUUGUUCUAAUGCAGAGUUGCAUAGCAGGCUCACCAUCUGGAGCUCUGGGAGAAUUCACAGUGGGCCAUUGGCUUGUGAGCUGGUGGCACAGAACCAAUACAGAUGGAGCAACUCACUGAUCUUUCUUCCGUCGCCCAUUAGUGAAAAAGGAAGAAAAUCAAGUGAAAGCCCUGCAGUGAUUGUUCGCCCUGUUUUUCCCUCUUGUUUUGAUUCACAAAAACAUCCCUCCCUCCAGAUGAAUGUCAUAAAAUGAGUUUGAGCUACACUCAAGAGACAACACGUUCCGUUCGGUGGUGGCUGUUGUUGUUAUUUUGCUGUAGUUGUUGUCUGCAACAGGUUAUACUACACUUUGUAGGGGUCAGCACCCAUCGCCAGAAGCUAAUCCUUACAUCUGCCUGAAUGUGCACAUGUGCUGCACAUGCACCGAAGCAUGGGUGCUUGUGCAACUCAGAGUGAGAGUGGGGGUCGUGGCUCCAUGUGUGUUGACUAUCAUAUACUGAGUGUAUAUGUUGCAUACGUUGUUAGGAGAUAAUGAAGUUGCACUGAUGGCAAAACCACAUUUUUGUGGUAUUAGCAACUGGAAUGUGCUAUCCUGCUGUGUGGUGGAUCUAUUUUUAGAGAGUCUGAUGUCAGAAAUGUGUGUUUAGAUGUAAGAUGUUACAGGUUUGCUUUAGAAGAAGAUCAAAACAAACAUGCUGCAUCUUCAGUCUGUCGUAUUUUAUAUAGGACAACAACAGUCAUAUUUCUAAGGGCUUAUUAGUGUGCUUUGAUUAGAGUUUGUUAAACAUUGCAAACAGGCAGAUAAAUGUCAUUUUAGAGUCAACAUGAUAGAAUUCUGUCUUUAGCCGGGAGCUGUUUUACACCUUUUGAUUUCUAUAUUUUUGUCAGUGUUAAGCUCUAAAGUAUUUCACAGUACAUGUCAGAGUGUUUAAAUGCUUUAACAAGUUUUGAAAUUACAAUCAAAAUUCCAAAAGCUGUAAAUGUAAGCUGUACCCUUUUGCUCAAGUAUAAUUUCAGCAAAAUAAAACUAAGUUUUUCUCACUCAACAAAAUGCAUGGAAACAUUCCAGUCACGCUCAUAGUUUCUUGCUUCAAGCAAACUAUCAAACUAAAUUAAAAAAAAGGACAGUGAUACGACAGUUGGUAGAUUUUAUAUCAUGUCUUUUUUUUUAACUGAAAAUACUCAUCUCUGUAUUUUUCACCAAGUAUUGGCAAGUGUCACGCACAAAUGUUGAUUAACACCCCUCCAAGCAGGCAGAGCGAAGCAGUAGUUUGAGGAGGCAUUGUGUGCGUUGGCACGUUGAGUCCUGUAAGUGUGUGAGUCCUAAACUCAAAACAGAAUAACACACAGAGAGAGUAUUGUGAUUUUAAUUCAUGAUAUUCAGAACAAAAAGAGGACGACUGAUUCUUUCCUUUGCAGCCUCUUGGCUGUACACCUGAAUUUCCCUUAGUUUUAUUAUUUACUGUUCUGUUAUUAUGUUACACACUCGGGUCGACAGCUUGUGUUUCGAUAUUUCAUGUCUAAAGGCAGAUACCAUGAAACUCGCAGACGUGGAAGAGAAAGUUGAGGAUGUAUAAACCUCUCAGCUGGGGCAGAGUGCUACUGAAGGUCAAAGCUACGUCACUGUACAGAGCCACUGACUCAGUGCAGCAAUUCUUUUUCAAAAGCAGGACGUUAUUCCUCAAAGGACUAAAAAUGACUCUUCAAUCACUGACUUAUUUUAUGUCCUUCUAGCUAUCGUUUACCGUACAUCAGUAGAUUGAAAUUAUUCCUCUGUGUUUGCAUGUUCUGUAUAAAGGACAUUUAACAUUUAACUUUUAUUUAACCGUAAAUGCUUUUUUCUUUUUUGGUCAGUGUUAUUGAAUUGUUACUAUUUGAUACUUUUGACAGUGCUUCAUUUUAGGGAAAAAAAAGGGGCAUAAGAGAGUUUGUUUUUUAUGAAAGAAACUCGCUGAUGCACAGGCCUACAACUGGUGUAGGCCUGUGUUGGUGUGCUGAUCCGUGUGAGUGACGGCUUUUAAUUAAUGGCCUUGUAAAAGGAAACCCAGGCGGGCCCUCUCUUCCACGGGCUGGCGGAAUGAGGCACCCAGUGUUUGGGAUGGUUUAUUAAUGCUUUGACUGGUUAGCCCAGGGUAAAAAGGGACAAUUAGCAUUAUCCGCUGCCAUAUGCUGCCCAUUGAGCGCCUGACAGAGGCCAAAGACAAAAGCUGGGGCUAACCUGAGAUCUCUAUGGAACUACUAUCAACACUGGUCACAUGUGUAAGCCAGAGGACCCAUGAGAGCCCCACCCCUCCUGGAGGCUUUAAUUACACUCCCAGACAACAGCACACUUGAGUCCAGCUCACUCAGCAGUCCGACAGCCCAGAGUCUCACUUAAUCUGCGUGUUUGAACUGAUAUUACUGGCAUCUUCACGUGUGUGUGUGUGUGUGUGUGUGUGUGUGUGUGUGUGUGUGUGUGUGUGUGUGUGCGUGUGUGUGUGUGUGUGUGAGCAACUUAUUUCAUUCAUUAUUUGAUUAUUGUUACACAUUUUCCAUCAGUGAUUUCUGUAUAAAACCUCCCAAAACAAAUAAAAAAACCUUUGCGGCAAUGAACACAUGUACAGGCAUUAGAGUCAAACCUUUGAGGAAUAUAAUAGCUUUGUUAUUGAUCUCUAUAAACAACAUGCAUGCUGCAAAUGUGCAGGUGGAAUCAGGCGCGCUGGUCUGGCUCUGAUUAGAGUUACACGACUGUGGGGUCAUCCAGGCUGGUCUGUGGGAGGGAGAAUUUGUUCAAACCUCCUCUCCCUUCUUCAUCUGGAGUAGAUGAAGUCAGAGACCACAUCACUGGUGUUUGGCCUCCAGUCUCUUUGAUCCUGCUGCCUGGCUUGGCACACGCACAGCUGUACAACAGUGUGUCCAUUGUGCCUCUGCUUUCACUGUGCCACCUUCAGCCUGCAGGUAGAAAAAUAAAGAAAGCAAAGCAGGCUGUUUUUGGUGCCAUUUAGUCAAUUCCUGCUUCUCCGGGAAUGCAGUAAUUUGCCAGGUAUUUAGUCUAUGCGUGGAAGCAGGUAUCAUUAUACUUCCAUUAGUUCAGUUGAUCUGAAAUGCAAAUACCCCUGAUAAUCCACUCUUCCCUUCAUGAGCUUGAUUGCUCACCAGUCAUUAAAGUGUGUGGGUGUUCGUGUUUUUGGGGUUGAGCCAGUGAUAUUUCAUAUGUUUAUGUACCCGAACUCUAACUAUGAUUGUCCUUUGGAAUUAUGCCAAAAAUAUUUCCUUCAGACAAGAAAAUGGACUGUUUAUUUUAAUAAUAUAUUAUACCAUCAGUAAUAUGUGUUUUCUCCUUGUAGGUGUAUGCACCAUCUCCAAACUCAGAAGACUUCAACAGAGAUUCACCCUCGUACUCCUCUCCCAAACCCUCCAGCAGUAUGUUUGCAAGCACUUUCUUUGGUAAGUUCAAAAGCAGGUGUCAAAGUGAUCUGUUUACAUUUUGCUAUUUUCAUUCAGUCUGUUUAAUUGGUCAGAAAAGGUAAAUCUUCAACUAAGCAGUCUAACAAUUAAAACUCUUUGUAAUUUUUUUAAACAAAAUAUCAAAUAGUUUCUUGUUUCAGUUUAAGUUUCAAGAUUUGCAGCUAUUUUUCUCAUUUAUAAAAGGCGAUAAAGAGUCUUUGAUUUGGAGUUUUCGCAGACAUAAGAAGAAAUUGGAAGACCUUAUUUUAGUUUCCAGAAAUCUGACUUUUUAUUUAUUUAUUUUUGGUCUUUUUUUCACAUUUUUAGAGAAAACUGUUUUAUCAUGUUGUGGAUAAAAAAGGAAAUCUGUAGAUUGAUUUCUUAUAUGAUAAUAGGUAGUUUUAGUCCUAGUAAUUGUGUCAACAGUCCUAGUUAUUUCUCACCGGAGUCAUUCUGACCAAACACAGACUGGGAUAAACUGUAGAAAAACAGUCCUUUUGGACGACAAUAAGGCCAAACAAACCAGAUCUUAUAAAUCGUGUAACCUGUUGGCUUCUGUUGGGGAUGACUGUUUUUUAUUUGAGUAUAAACCGAACACUUGUGAGUAAGUCAGCUCCAUUUUUACUUCUUCAGUCACUAGUUUUACUCUUAAUAAUGACCGGUACAUUUAGGAGGAGGUCUCAACCAAGAUACUUAUCUUUAGUUAUCUUAUUCAGUCGUCUGAGAUACAACGGAUCACGAUAAGCAUUUUUUCAAAACUUAAGUAUGAUACUGGCGGACAGAUACAGUUUCACUGUAUUUAUUUCACUUUGACUGACUCCCAGAUGUAGAUAGAAAAGCAGAAACUUUUGUUGAUUUUAGCUUUUUGUUGUCUCAGCUGUGUUCAGGACAGGGAUCAUGUUUCAGUCCCAAGAGCAAAAAUAAAAGAGCGUUCCUUGGAUGACCCCAAUUUCCAAGCUUAGGCAUGGAGGUUAGCUGCCGUCUGGUACUCAAAUCUUAGGGUAAAUGUUGUUUACGAUAACACACCGAAAUGAUUCAUGUCUUAUCUUUAGAUGGUACCCACAGUUCAUCUGACCCCUGGAACUCAUCCAAUGGGAUCAGUCAGCCCGGCUAUGGGGCAAUGCUCCCAGGAUCUUCAUCUCACAUGUCACAGUCAGGAAACUACAGCAGCCUGCAUGCACACGACCGUUUGGUAAGCAGAUUGUAAAUAACUCUGUGAUACACUGUGAGAUUUCAUCUGCAUUAUGAAGCACACAGAGCAUGUAAAUAUUUUUUCAGUCUUCAACCGACUCAGCGUAGCUCCUGUCAUUGGAGGGUGUGUGUGUUAAACUGUGGUCUGGUUAUUAUCAGUGGAGACCCUGCUGACCCUCUUUAUGUCACUGUUUGAUCUGCUCUGGCCUGUUUCAGCUGGCUGGGCAUCACAGGGAGCCUGCAGAUGCUGCCUGCCUUGUCUUUAUUACUGUCCCCCCCUGUAACUUUUGCUUUAUCACAGCCUGAGAGGACAUAAAAUUCAGUGAAUAAAUAAACUCUUUCUUUCUUUCUUUCUUUCUUUCUUUCUUUCUUUCUUUCUUUCUUUUUUUCUUUCUUUCUUUCUUUCUUUCUUUCUUUCUUUCUUUCUUUUUCUCACUCUCACACAUUGGAGACUAAAAAUAGACCCUUUCCUUUUCGUAUCUUCCAGAAUUACCCCCCACACUCAGUCUCUCCAGAUAUCAAUGCCAGUCUUCCACCUAUGUCCAGCUUCCAUCGGAGCAACACCAACACUUCCCCAUUCGUCAGCGCGGUGCACACUUCGACUGCCAACACGGCCGAUGGGGUCAUGGGUGCGUUCUCCUGUUGACAGUUCAACUAUAUGCUCAGAAUGACUAAUUCAAUGGUCCUGAUGUAAUCAUUGCUGUUUAUUCAUUCAGUAAAAGAAGUGAGUCAGGCAGUUUGACAGCUGCAUUGUGUAGAGCGAUCGCUCUUCAUUUGUCUGAAUUUGCCUCUAUAAAACCUCCUCCUGUGUGUUUUCUUAGCGGCUGCAAAUCGAGGGAACACCACUGGAAGCUCACAGACUGGAGACGCACUGGGGAAGGCUUUAGCCUCGGUGAGUUAUAGGCCCACAUUUAUUUGACUCUACAUCCCUGUUGAAAAGAUUCCCUCCACUGUACUGACGGUUCAUUCAUGAUAAACAAUACUUUUUGGUUUUAUGUGCUUGUGUGUUUGUCUUGGUUUGGCUGUUUUUACAGAUGUGAUGCUUACUUUGAACAUGAUAUCAUAAAUGCUCAUAUCCCUGAUCAAUUUUCCAAGUUACUGAUCAUUAGUGUGCAGCUUUGUCUGGAUUUCUCACCUUUUCACCAGCAGAAGUCACUGCAUUAACCCGACGACAGGGUGUUGAACUUGGGUCUAACUGGUGUGCAGUCAGGCUCCAUAGUCAUGUUGAUCUCUGUACAGGAUACAAUAAUGGCUCGUUUUUCCUCUAAAGAAGGUGACCUCUGUAAUCAUGCAGGGAAUUAAGUGCUAUACUGACUGCUGAUUAAAAAAGCCCAGAGGACAUGUUCGUAGUUGUUUUUUGGCCUAAGCCUGGAUAAAUGCGGGCUUAAACUAAGAGUAUUCAAGAAAGAGAAUUGUACAUUCAAAAUACUUCUAAAGCCCGUGGAUUACAUUGAACAGUGGAGAGCUGGUGCAGAUAUGUUUGACGUCCUGUAAUGCAUCUUGAUAAUUUCUGCUGACAGUGGUUUAUCAAGGAGGGAAACAUGUCAGUCUCACAGAAAUACAGAUUUACACUGAUCUGAUUUUUAGAUUUUUACUGUCAAUGAAAUUUAAUAAAGUUCUGUUGUAUGAAUAAGAAGGUUUUGGAGAUAGAGUGUUGUUAAACAUGAUUCUGUCAGAUGGCCAAAAAGAACCACCUGGGAGAACACUGGUUUACAGUAUGACUGGAAAUAAUGGACGCACACGCUUGGACACUCAGACUUUUUUUUUUUUAUCUGGGAGAGUGAACUUCCCAUUAAAUGAAAAUGGAAUUUUUUGUUUGAUGGGAUAAGGGAAAAAUGAUUCUUUUUUUAGGGAUUAAAUAUUUUUCUGCCUUUUUCUUUCAUUGAGAUUUAAUUUACAUUCUACUUUAUGAUAAGCUGUUUUGGAUCUGAAAAGCUGAAUCAAACAAUUUCUCCUUCAAAACAGUUGCAUAGACAUGAGGUGCAGAUCGAUAUAUUCUUGUUUGGUUUUGGAAAAGUGUUUAUUUUACCCAAAGUGGCUCCAGCUGCACAUUAGGGGGAGUAUUCCUUACCAGUGUGGAGGGAAAAUAUGAGUUUAGCAUUGGUAAUAACAAAUUAAGUCCUUUAUAUCUGCAGACUCAGCUCUAUUAGCAUGACAAAGCUGGAGUGAAAUGGACACGGUUGGACUGGGGUGGGGGGCGGGUGGAUGGAGUGAGGGGCACAGGGGAGUUUAACACGGCUGUGGCUCAACUCCACGGGCCACCCUUUGUAGAGCUUUUGUUCUCCGCCCUUUUAAAUUGGCCGUGCUUAUUGGUCCCAUGCCGCCUGCGGGAGCGUAACUGAUGAUGAGGCGGGGCUUCAUUUAUUCCAGUAAAAUGAGCCGUGUUUCACUCUAAAUGCACCAUUAUAAGGAAAGUCAUAUAUUUGGGGGUCAGAAGUCACGGUUAUAAACCUCUUUUCUUUAGAGGAACAAGAAAUAUUUGGCGGAUUGUUUGGAGUUUUAUUAGUUGCGGAAUAUUAAUCCUCCUUACUUUUUGACUGAAUUGCGUGUCUGAGAAGGAAAAUGCUGUGCAGAGAGAAACACUGUGCUCCCAGAUUGCAAAAAGAAAAAAAAAAACAUGAAUAAUCAUUCCUCCUUUUUUCCAACAACAGCCUAUCCCUCCUCCUCCACCACACUGUGCGACUCACUUCAGUGAAACCCCCAUCCUGAAACUCCAAGUUGAUUGAAAAACUAAAGCCCAGAGAUCAAGAUUGAAUAAGGAGAUUAUUAAUAAUGAGUGCGUUCUAUCAUCCCUGCAGAAGUCAAACGCUUUUCAUUGAGCUCAAUUUGGUCUUAACUUGGACGAGAAAUCUCAGUGGAUCUGCAGUUUUUUUUCUCUGCUAAUUAGUCAGCGUCCAGCAGUAAUACCCGGACUUCUCAGAGACAUGCUCCAUUAUGGCACAAUAUCCUCUUAUUACAGAGAAAAAAAAUCAGGGAUGUGUUUGUGCUUUAAUCCAGCAUUUGUUUAAACAAAUGAAAUCCCUGUGGAAGUUCUGAGGAGGUAAUCUCCUCUUUCCCUUGUGAUUGACAUGUCAUCCUAAAACUCACUGACCCAAGUGUAACCUAGCAGAGGAUGCAACAUGCAAAAAAAGCAAAACAAACAAUACAAACAAUACAAAGCUUUCACUCUACUCGUUCUCUGCAGAGAGGACGGUGAAAAACAUUUAAAGAAAUUGAGUUAUUUCAUCUAGAAAACAACCUGAAUCUCAGACCAUCAUCUCAGAGACUGGAUAUCAACUCGUAUUAAACAAACUUAACAGACAUAUUGUAAAAGUAAUAAUUCUGAUUUAGAAAUUAGUCUAUUACAUGACAGAGUUAUAGUUUACAGUUUAUUACUACAUUAUGAUGCAUUAUGUGUCAAUCACUUUGUUAUCUAGUGUGGCUUCUUUAACUUCUGAAUCUCCUCUUAUCUAAAAUAAAGUAAUCAUACCUGUAAGAGCGACUGUAGAAAGUGAAUACAUUCACAAAAACACCAUACCCCCUCUGAUUCAUUUUUUUUUUACAUUAUGUGUUGUAUAACUUGGGUUGUUAAUUAUUUGUGUCAUUGUUGUGACUACAAAUCCCAAUAUGUAUGAAUACUUGUGUUUUAGUGAAAUGACUGGUUAAGCAGUAACACUUAAACUCAGCAAAGAGCUCUCUAUAUCACAGUUAUGGGCUGAGAGUCCUGAAGGAUCUGAUCCUGAAACCACCUCUGGCCAAGACUCUAGCUUCAUGUUUUCUAGGUUUUAAACUUAUUAGUCUUUUUCUUUUUAUUUGUCUUUUUUCUAAAUAAGUUAGACAAACACAAUCAAUGUAACUGAUCAUGGAUGUAAAAUAAUCAUGUUACACUUAAUUUCCAGGUGAAUUAAAAAGUGAAUCAGUCAAAAUAAUGAUAAAAGUCCAGUUUUUUUAGAGCUUGUUUUCCAGUUACAUUUCUAAGACUCUGAGUUUCUCUGCAGAAAUCUUGUUCUGUCUCUUGGUUUCUUUUUCGCCCAUAUUUCACUGACUUAACGAAGUGGAUAUAUUCACAAACAUCAAAGUGAAUAUUGUUUAUGCUUCGUUUUGUGAAGACCGUGCUCUGAGGCCAAAUCAGUCUGACUAGCUCAUAUGUAUUCACCCGGCAUUUUUACGACACCCUUGCAGUAAAGCCCACAUUAUGGAUGAUACAUUUGAGGCUUGAAGAUGCUGCAGCUGCAUACAAUCUAAAGAAACAGCUGCUGAUGGUGCAUUAACGCUGAAUCUCAUUUUCUUUCCACUUCUCUUCCAGAUUUACUCACCUGACCACACUAACAGUAGUUUUCCAUCCAACCCCUCGACACCCGUGGGGUCUCCUUCACCUCUGACUGCCACAGUGGGGGCUGCCUCAGCGGGAACAGUAGUGACUGCAUCCAGCACCUCAUCUGGACGGCCAGGUAGAGCAACAGAGCUUGGUUUUAUUCUGAUCACAGCAAUACUAAACCCUCUCUGUGAAAAAAGACAGGCACUGCACAGCAGCCGCUGCUUUCAGACUUGUGAUGUGUGUGAGUGACACAUCAGAUUGUUUUAGAAUUAGGCCAUGACCUGAAAUAGCCAAGCUAAUUAAGAGGCUUUUAUGAAUACGUGUUUAAUUAAUUUAAUUACUUUUACUAUGUAGUGCAGUCGCUGGAUUAAUUAAAGCCCAAGCAGAGUGAUGUGAGAACUUUUGCUUAAACUUAAUUUAAUAUCCCUUUUAAUGGUGAAAGAGCUCUAAUCAUUCUACGCUCAUUCUUCAUGCUUUAUCUGUGCCCAGGCAGUUAAUACCAUUUCUACAUUAAUCCAUUCUAGGAAAGCUCAGUUCAGUCUGACAGGAAGCUGCACAGCCACUGAAACAACCGUUACAACAAGUAUUUAAGGUCCUGUCACAAAAUACAGAAAUAGAAACAUAUUUAUGGUGUUUUCUGCUGCUAUGACAACACUAUCGAUCUUAAGCAAAGAGACCCUGUGACUGGUCGUGACCAAAACUUGAGCACACAGUUAGUUGUUCUUUAUAGUAUGAAAUAUUCCUAGUUCAUUACACCUUUACACCUUUACCUUGAAACAACAACUUUCUGCCCAGAUGUCUGAAGUUAAAUUAAGAAAAGGAGCAGGGCUGGACCUUAAAGACACUUAAAUGAGUGUAACAUUUUUUAUGUUUUAAUUGGGUUUUAAUUUACAUCUUUGAAAGGCUUACGUGUGUGUGUGUGUGCGUGCGUGCGUGUGUAUUUUGAAAAGCUGUUAUCCAAGUUUUAUGACUUUGGAUAGGGGUUUGUGGAAUCUGCCCUGCUCUGUAAUAUGAAUCAAUUUUAGGGAGUAGAUUUGGUAUUAUAUAAUGUCUUUUUUUCUUUUGAGUGAGAUUUUUGAGGAUGAACUAACAGACUGGCCUCUUGCGUUGUUUUCGUGUUGUCCAAAUAAUAUAAAGAAGAUAAGCCAAAAACAGUGCCAGGCAAGUGCCAAGGGGGGGCAGCCGGGGAAAGCCCACCUUGUUGUUAUAGCGGGCAGUUGUGUCAUGUGUAGUAAUGGAGUGGCGACAGCUGUCUCUACGUGUGCCCCCCUCAUCCUCAGCUGUUGCCCUGCCCCAUGGACAGCUGUUCCCCACCAACACACACACACACACACACACACACACACACACACACACACACACACACACACACACACACACACACACACACACACACACACACACACACACCAGGCAGCAAAAGACCUCAUUUAUCUGCCAGUGGAUGAAGCAGGGUGGCUGUGACUCAGCUGAUGAGGAACCAUCACAGACUCACACAGGGAGAUCUUCCCCUCCUGACCUUUUUACAGUAGUACAGAGUGUCAUACCUGGAUGUGUGACAAUGUCCUUUACUCUUCAUCCUGUUCAGAAAUUGAAAAUUGUUGUAAUUUAUGCGGUAUGCAAUUUUGCCUCAAAUUUUAGAUAUUUUAUGACAAAUCUGAUAAAGUUCAGUCUUUGUAUUUCAUUGGUUAAACUAAUAAAAAACAAAAACAUACUGGUAUUUCACUUCAUCUGGAACUUCGUAAAACUGAUUCUCAUUUUAUUAAUAUUCAACCUCAAAAGUUAGGAAAAAAAAUUGCACAGAAUUUGUCUGGUUGUUGAAAAUCUAUUCAUCAUUAGGAUUACACCAACAUAGAGCACAUUACUCAAGACUGGUUUGUUCAAUUAGCCCUCUCUGCUGCCCCAAGGGACCAAAGCCCCUGGCCAAUUUUUCAUAGCUGCCAGGCAGCAGAGGCUCAUGCAGACUCCCUGUCUCACUCACCUGGGAGAGAGAUGUAAGCUUUUUUCAUUUCCUCCAUCUAUUAAUUCAAGUCUGGUUUCUUUUUGAAGACACAGGGAAACUCAUCCAAGUGACAGUCAGUGAUCUUGAAUCAAUGGAAAACAAAUAUAACAGGUUUCAUGACUCUCAUACGGGGUAAUUUUUUCUUCUUAGUUUCUUCGUAGUCAUGAUUAGAUGUUAACACUCAUGGUUCUUACAUCAAUUUCUAGAGGAAUAUUUUGCCUCCAGAGACAGCGAAAGCCACCGGCUUUACAAACCUGGGAAACAGCUCAUGAUUUUAGACAAAUUAAAGUCUUAAGUUUGUACAUCUCCUCUUAAUCGCAGAUACUAUGUUCAAUUUUAGAUUCAUAAACAACGUCUUCAUCACUUGGUUGUGAAGUCUUUGUAUCAGAAUGUAGGCUCAGUUUGGGAACCAUCCACCAUGAAGCCCUGAACCCCAAGAGGUUCACAGUUACCCUAUCCUGUAAAUAACAUGGGAAUUGUUCAUUAUGUCAAAGUCUAUGAAGGUUGUGUGAUUGUAUAAUACAUCGCCGUGCAUUAUGAAUAGCAGGCGGGAGACUUGGACUUUAGGGCUUCAGGAAGAGACAGAGAUGUUGAACUGGAACUUGAAAUGUGAUGAGCAGAUGUGGAUUCCUUUUUCCUUCAGCUUUAAUUUGGAACAGAUCAAAUCAGCUUGAUUUGCUUUCCUGUACUGGUCUGUAGAUUAACUUCUUGGCCGACAGAAAAGCACAAAAGCACAACUCUGAAUUUUCACCAGCCUACAGUAAAUAGUGAUCCCCUGUGCAGAGAGUCUUCCAUUUCUUUCUAUUUGCAUUGCAUGAUUAAACCGACUCUUUAUUGGGAAUGAAAGGGAGAAAACUUCCUUGGUGGAUUGGCUUUGUGAGACUAAUUAGAUGAAAUGUAACAAUGGCGCUCAGAUGUGAAUGGUAUUUAACCCAAGAGGCCAAACUUGCUUUAUUCACUGUAAUUAAAAACUGUGUUUAAAUCACCAAAAACGGCAAAGAAAGAGCCAACCAAGCUAAACAAGCAAAUGUAAUGCAAGAGUUUGAACUUGAUUGAACCCAGAUGCUUUGGCGCUUUUCCUUCAUCAAACACCCUGAUGAAGGCCACAUGCUGAAACUCCUCUCAACCCCUCCUUAGUAUCAACCAUCUAAUGUGUUUCUAGAGGCUCAAAAGUUUCCAGGAGAAAAGAAGUGUGGAGGAAAUCUAGCGCUUUAAAUGAGAUCGGUCAGAGCUCACAUUGUUCUCCAGUCUCUCAUUACAAUGCUUAUUUAUGUGCAGAUGUUCGGGGUGGAAGUGGGCAUUAGAGGAAGCUUCCGCCAAGAGGCAGGAUGCAGUCCAGUCAUCAGGAAGUGAUGCAGUGUAGCCGCUCAAAGAUAGAAAUAACCUGUAUAGAACAACAAGACAGCAUAAAAUCAGGAUGUCAGUGUGUUAUGGCUGCGUGUAAUUGUGUUUGUCAGCGAACUUUUGUGUCGGUGCAGAUAGUGGAGCAGGAAAACAGAUAUCAGACAUGUUGAAACUGACUUUAAAGAUUGCAUUUAGUGACCUCUGAUACAUUGCUUUCUCUUUCUCUCUCUCAUCAGGUACCAACCAGUGGCCUCGCACCAGUGGUCAGACUCCCUCCUCCCCCAGUUAUGAGAACUCUCUUCACUCACUGGUAAGUUCCCGAUCUCCCCCCUGUCCUCCAGUGAAUGCAGAAUAUGAUAGAUGCUCAUCUUACACUCAGCUAGCAUUACAGGGAGAUUCCUGACUGACAAAUGUUAAACUGUGGAAGAUGGGGGGCCGAGAAAUAACCAAACCGAACAAUACCUGUCCCUUGGGGCUUGCCAUCUGUCCUCCAACUCUGUGGGUCAGGACGGGGAUGACAGUUGUGGGAGGGGUUUAGUUAAAGAGUCACGGGGGCCGCUGAUGUGGGGACUGCAUCUGUUUGCUAAACCACUUCUCCAGGAUUCCUCCGCUGCUAUGAGACCACAGAUACAGAUCAGCUUACAUCCAGUACACUACCUGAUGCAUAUGUUUACAGUUUGUGCGGGGAAUUUCAAUAAAAAGAAAUAAGCAGUAUUAGCUUGGAAAUGUCAAAAAUGAUCCAACUUACAUGGUUUGAGAAUAAACGAGGCUCAGAGAGAACAUGUUUACAGAAGUUUUUUUCCCCUUGACAUCGCUACACAUCUGAUUUGUUUAUCAUACAUGUGUUUGCUACAGUUUGCAGAUAGUUUAAAAGGACUUUCUUAGUCCAACAGGCUUCUAAAAAAUGAUUGAAAGAGUUUUUGAACAUGCUUGCCUAUAUUUAUUGUGAGAAUUAGCUAGAAAGAGAGAGAACACAGAGCAAACAGUGUGAGUGAAUGAUAUUAGAAAACCUGAAAUGUAGCUGCUGGUUAAAGGAAUGAAGCAACAAAAUUCAGUUCUGUUUGAAAUGACACUAACAGAAACCUCACACCACGGUACAUCACUGUCCUAAGAAAGAGCAGCAGCAGUGCAUGAGCUUGAAGUUAUUUCCAAGGGUUGUAUAAUGUUUGUAGACUGAGUUGAUUCUGACACGCAAGAGAGAGAGAAAUCAAGGAGCUACUGUGUAAAAACGCCCUUAUCUUUGUUUCAACUUUCGACACAGUCCAGUUACACAAAGCAGUGGAUAAGAAUUAGCAUUUUAAAAAGUCUCUCUUACAUACAGAAUACUAUGAGCUUAACUUUAAGCAAGGAAGUCUCAUUUUUCAUUACACCUCCAAGUAUUAUUUUUCAGAUUCCAAGCAAAACUUUUUUUUUGGCUAGUUGGUACAAUAACAUCAGUGAGACAACCAUUAAUUUUGACAUAUUCUUGAAGACUCAACUGUAAAAACAGAAAACAUCAAGUUUGAGGACUUUUCCAAGCACUCUUUCGUUCUUUCUUUCCAUUCCAGCCUGAAUGAAUAAAUCAUUUUUCUGACACGCAGUGAGGCAGAGUUCAAAUGAUGACAUAUUUUCAGGAAAUGUUUAGAUGUUUUAAUAUUCCCUGGCAGUCUGUGGUUGAGGCAAAACAAUUUCAGACUUUGGAAAACCCUUUUCACUCUAGAAAUCAGUGAUAACUAACGGUCUGAAUCUGAGAGUUCAGGAUAAGAUUACAUUUACAUGACUUUUCCUGUUGGGUAAUAUGGUAAGUGGGCUACUGAUUAUAGUUCUCUUGUGUAUUUCUGUCAGUAAAAUAGGUGAUUUUAAUAACCCAGAGGGCAGUCUUUUGCUUCAAAACAAUUCAGUAUAUUUCAAGGGUGUUUUUAUAUACUGUAUCUCAAAGUUGGUUUUGGACAAUGCAAAACACAUUUAUUCCAACCAGAGAAAAGCAUAAUACAAAACUUGAAAUUCAUUUUUUUGUGAGUGCAUUAUGUUUAAAACAACCCACUGCAUGUGAACUUUGUGCUUUUCUCUCACACUAGCCUGUGACGAGAAAAGACAAACACUGAAAACUGGGUUUCCAAUUUGAUUACAAACGCUCUCAUCCUCCCAAAGUGAAUGGUCAGCAGCUUUGUGCCUCCUUCUAAAUCCUGCUCCUCUUUUGUGUCUUUAAAAAAAACCAAUCUCUAUCCUCAGAGUGUUUUUCCCCUGCAUUUAUCGAUACUGAUCUCUUUUCAUAAUCCUGUCUUAUUCUUAUUUGACUUUGCCAGAAAAACAGAGUUCAUCAGCAGUUACAUGAGCAUCUCCAGGAUGCCAUGUCUUUCUUAAAGGAUGUCUGCGAGGUACUCUUCAGAUAGAGUCUUUUACUCUUUACAUGUCCCAUAUGUCGCUCCUCAUUUUAUUUUCUCUCACGAGUUCUGCUUGCAGUCCACAUUCCUCACAGUGAGAUGUAAAUUCAUUUUAUUGCCUUUGUUGCCAUAAAGCCAUGUUACAUUGUCUAAUAGGCCGUUCCAGCUUGCAGUAAUAAGUCUAAAUUAACUCUCUAUUGAUCAUUGUUUCAGUUCAACAUGAAUGGAGACAUUUGUCGACUUUGACAGCUGAAGCUGAAACGGCUCUGUUGAUCUUGCAUUUGAAUUGCCUUCGUUAUCUUCUGUUUCGGAUGAGUUUUGUUUCGUUUCAAGUCCACUCCAUACAAUCAGUGUUUUUAUUUUUGGUCUUAAUGUGCUUAUACUAAGCUGCUCUGUCCUCUCUUCCUCUCUUCUCCUCUCCCUAACCUUCCACUCCUCACUUCCUUUGGUCCUCCCAGUCUCGAAUGGAAGAUCGUCUGGACAGACUGGAUGAUGCAAUCCUUGUUCUUAGGAACCAUGCCGUGGGCUCCACCGCCAGUCUGCCCAGUGACUUACACAGUCUGCUGGGACAGGCACAAAAUGGGCCAAUCGCAGCCAUUGGAGCAAACUUCCCUGCCUCUGCAUUGGUUCCAAGUCGGACAGCAGCAAUGGUAUGACAACCUUACUGAAGUAUUUCGAAGAAGCCAUUGUGUAUAUAGGUAAAAAAAUAUAUAAGCUUCUAGUGCUGCUUUCUGUUAUUUGUAAAACUCCUCAAAGAGAAAUCUUGACCACCUGUUCAAAACAGGUCUUUUUGUCAUGUGAGGGAGUGAGACAUUUUUCCACACACGAGGAGUUGAAUUUAUCCUGACAUAUUUUCCAUAAGUGUAAUGGCUGGCCUAAGGCUUACCCUCCUCCUGAGAGUGCCUCUAUACACAGGGGUGAAAGGGAAAUGAGAAAAACAGGCAUAAUGGAGCAAAGUUAUGCAUUAGUGUAGGAUGUGUUUGUGUGUUGCAAUCCCUCAAGGAAUUUAGGUCUCAGUAUAAAUCAUGUGUUCACCCAACCUCCAUCUUGCAUAUUUCAUUCCAAAGAGCCAAGAGAUUUGGACACAUCUGCAGUGAAAAUUAAAUGGAGCGACUCGUCCAACUGUAAUCCAGGGUUGUGUGGAAACCCUUGUGGGAGUCAUAGACUAUAAAAUAAAAGAGCAUUCAAUAUUUUGUCUCUGAAUGAUGUUUUUUUUAUUCAUGCAAGGUUAUCUGAAGUUAAGACAGUGGAUUCUUUCUGUGAUAAACAUUUCAUCAGGUGUUCCUCUCAGGCCAAGUCUUGAGUUCUAGCUGGAUUCUCGAUAAACAAAAGUCCAAAUUUAUUCGCUACACUAUCAUGUUGGAUCUGAAGGCAGAGCAGCGGGUCAAGGAAUUAGAGAGUAUUUGUCAUUUUGGCUCAUUAAGUGACUCAAACUUUCACUUAUCUAAAUGUUUUCCAGUUAUUUUUGCGCAGAACUGAAUCCAUCAGUCAACUGUGUGAUUCAACUCAGAGUGUUACGUUUUGCCUUUAAACCUGACCUCAUCCAUGACAGUAAACACAUAAUUUUAACAUGUUUCCACACACACUCUCAAUCAGAAAAUAUCAUCUUUUUGUUGACAAUAUGAAAUAAAAAAAUAUUUGAAAGCAUCAAUUUUGAGGACUUUUUCAACUGCAGUGAUUUGACUUUUUGGUGUUUUCUCCCACUCUCCUCUGUGCUCUCAAACCUCAUUUUCCAGCAUUAAUAGAUCUGAAGAGCAGUUUAAGUUCCUGGUUUGUCGUUAGGCUCUGUGUGUUUUCUGUCAUUCAGUGUUUUCUCUCUGCUGCUGAGACUGUUGCAUCGUAGCGUCGUGUCUUGUCUCCUAACAAGAAGGCCUCUGUGGUUGUCAGAGGAGCUCAGUUUGAUGUAUUUGUUACAGAGAGCUGGGUUGUGGCAGUGAUGUUGACCGACUGCAACUGUGAGAUAGAACAUACUGUGUCUGCACUAACACAGCACUUCCUGUGUGGGAAGAGAUCCCCUCAGACAGAGCUCACCAGACUCAGUACAGGCUUUUUACUCGGGCUGACACCCGCCCGUCACCCCCUUCCACCUCUUUUCAUCACUUCUUUUUAACAACCCAGGAAAUCUGAAUCGCUGGAAACGUGUGUCUGAACCCACGGUCUCCACCCAAAUAAGAGCUCCUCAGCUGUAUGGUAAUCAGCCUGAGCCAUGAAAAUGGCAGCGUUCUUUUCACGCCAGAGCCCCGGCCUCCCUCCUCCUCCUCCAGACAAAGAGUUGUUUGGACACCUGUUGAGAGCACAGCAAAGAUUAGCGUAGCACUGAGGAAGGGGAGGGUCUCAUGGUGAUGGGGUUAAAAGAGGCCAACAGUGACUCGGGAUCACAUUCCUUAAGAAAAAGGGGGAAUACACUCCACCCUUGCUGAUGAUUUCUCCGCCUCUCUCUGGUUCUCUGAAGGGAAAUCAAAAUGUUAAAGAACAUUUGGGAAACCUCAUGAAGGAGGGACUUUGUGGUGCAACAUGGUGGGAGGUGACGGGUUUUUAAGUUACGACUGUGGACAGAAAAACAUGGAAAUGGUCGGACUCUGAAGUGGCUCCAGCGUGACAUCUUUUGAAACUAAACAUUGCAGGAUUUGUCUUCUUUUAGACAUAAACUACAGACACAGUCUAAGUUGUGGUUACAGAGAGCUUAGCAUGAGAAUGCCAAGCAGUACGUUGCAAAUCAUUAUAUUGCAUAAACAGAUACAUAAAGGAGUUUUCUAAAUGUUUCAUGAAAGGGAGCUUUUUUUUGGAAAGUAUUGUUACAAAGAUGGCUUUUUCUAUUUUUAAGUCCAGGUUUUGUAUUUAUAACAUGUUGUAAAGCAAACUGUCGAAGCCCCCCAGGGCUGAAAUAAAGGCCGUCCCUGUUUUAGACUACUGUUCAAAGAAGUAGUCCAAUUGUGGGCUUUCAAACAUCACACAGUUUGAAUUCUGUCUCAUUUUCAAGUUUUCAGUUGGUACAUAUCAUUAAAUAUAUGAAAACACCUUCUUUAGAAAUCUGUGGUCACCCUGGCUCCAUCUCACUGGUAACUUCCAGUCAUGGCCCCUUUUUUUAGAUCUUCAGUUUGACACUCCUCUAGCUCAUUGGUUUUUAAGUUGUCUCCAGAGAGUAUCAGCGUCCUCCUCUGACCUGCUUGUCUUUCCUGUGUGUGUUGCAGCAGGGUGGUGCCCACGCUGAUGAUGCUGUCAGUCUGAACAACAACCACGGAGGUCUGCCUGGCGCUGGCUCCGCAUCCAGCACAGAACUCAGCCACCAAGUAGAAGCAUUCAGAGGUCUGAGACAGUCCCAUCACCCCAUUAAACUUUUAAUUGAUAAUGAUUAACAACAACUCAGCUAAUGCUCAGUGUCUUACCUCCAGCAGGUCUCACUUCAGCCCUGGCUGGCCAGGUGCCUGCCACCCUGGAGCUGAAGGUGGAGAAACAGGACAAGGAUGAGAUGCAGGAUAACCUGUCUGCAGAUGAGAAGUCUGAUGAUGAGAGUGAUAAAAGAGAUAUGAGGACACCCAGAGCAGGAACACGUACGAGGUAAGAGCACACAAACAGUCUAUUCCUAAAAAACGAGUGCCUCCAGGGUUAAAGUUAGUGAAGUUUAGACAUAAAUAUUAAUUUGGAUAGAGAAUUGUUCAAGCCAAGGGUUCCUUUGGGUUCGGGUUAGCACUUGUUUCAAUUGCACCAACCACAGCCAGAAAGAAAGAGAGAUCGAAAGGUUCAAGCAGUAGCUCAGACUUUGACAUUUAUAUGUACAGAUUGUUCCUAAUUUAAUGAUCAACAAAGUUUCCUGUAAUGAACCUCUAACCCUUUCUGACAUUGAUGCACAAUUGCAGCUUUAAAAUUGUCUCUAGUUCUUAUCACUUAUCUUGCAGCAAUAAAGGCAGUCUGUAAAAAUUCAUAACAUCCAGCACAAUGUCGAAAAUCUGCCUUUUACAUUAUCGAUAAGACUCCUCUAAUGUUUUAUUACAGUAAGUUGACACAGUAGUGCAGUGAAUGUUGUUUUAUGAUAGUGUUGGGAGGUAUACCUCCCAAACUUAACCAUUUGAUUGGUUAGGUUUGGGUGCGCUCCAUAUAAUAACCAGCGUGUACAGCAGACUGCUUGACAUAGUUUCGACGAAGGAGAAACAGCUUCAUUGGUGGAGAUUAGUGGCAGUACUGAGCAAACUGAGGCAGCCCAGCCCACCCAACAUGAGGAAGAGGAGGAGGAACUCAUUUCAAGAUUUUGUUCAUACCACCCAACACUAUUUUAUGGAGUGUAAGACUGCAAGAAUUAUCGAUUAAGCUUUCCAUUUGGUUGUUGGACAUGUUCACAUUACCACUAAUCACCAGAUGCUAAUGAACAGUUUUGGGCCCCCUUGUGGUCUGUUGCAUUAGGGCGGCAAACACAAGUUGUGCCCUUGCCAGUGUGACCCUGACCACAAAUGUUUUUCUUCCCCAGGCUCUAUAACAGCUCUGACUGCAGGUGUAUGUCUUUUCUCACAGUUUAACUGAAGAUGAGGACCUGAACCCCGAGCAGAAAGCUGAGCGUGAGCGCGAAAGGAGGAUGGCAAACAAUGCCCGUGAACGCCUGAGGGUGCGAGACAUCAACGAAGCCUUUAAGGAGCUGGGUCGGAUGUGCCAGCUGCACCUGAAAAGCGAGAAGCCCCAAACCAAACUGCUCAUCCUCCAUCAGGCUGUGGCCGUCAUACUUAACUUGGAGCAGCAAGUCAGAGGUCAGUGUCAGAAAUACCUCUUUUCAAUUAAUCAGGCAUCUUCAAAAAGCGUCAUAUUUUCCUGCAGGCAGCAACUUUAUGUGUCACAUCCAGAGCAGAAAUUGUAAAUUGAGUACAGAACGUGUAAAGAAGAGUAAUGCACUAAAGAGAACUGCACUCUGAUGUAAAGGCGGACAAGUCAGUAACAGAGCUGCAAAAAAAGGAGUCACAGCCAAACUAUCACUUAUCAGAAAAAUACUGCUGCUAAACCAAUCGAGUCAUCUGUGCUAAAACAUCUGAGUUUGAUAGACAGAGGAUAAAGUUAUUAUAAUGAAGUCAAAGGGAGGCUAAUGUUGUCAUUCUGGUGAAUUUGUGUAAAAUGCACUCAAGUUUGGUUUUGUGAUUUAAACCCACAGAGCGAAAUUUGAACCCCAAAGCAGCCUGCCUUAAGAGGAGGGAGGAGGAGAAGGUGUCUGGGGGCUCUGGUGACACUCAACAAGCUCACACAGGUGUCCAUCCUGGCCUGACUGACACAUCCAACCCCAUGGGCCACCUCUGA